AGAACACCUCCAUGUAGUGUGACGUCACUUCUACUUUCUAUUUCUAGAUGUCCAGCUUUGAAGGAGGUGAGUGCACUUGAAUGUGCCGCGCGGUUGCAUGGUCCAACCGCUCCGCGCGGCAUACUGAGGGGAACUCACCCAGCACCACCGUGGAACAGUUACCGUCAUUGUCUUGUUGUUUUCUCUCCUCUGUUUCCUAUGAUUUGGCUGCUUCUUUUCCCGGCUUCCGCUAAAGGAGACGCCCCAGUGCCACCUCGUAGUACACACUAACAGUAUAACCGGAGCAGGGGCUUCUGCCAGGCCUAAUCCCCACCCCCGCCAACCCGUACUUCUUGCAGACUUGAUACCGCCUAGCUCUCUCGGGGAAGGACAUUCCCACCAUGGGUACAGUUAACACUCACCUACAUGCUAAUCAUAAACCCAAUGGUGUAUCUUCUCUUAGAAAGCUCAGACAGUCACUCUAACAAAAACUAAAACCCUCAACUCACAUACCUACUCAGGCACUUGGCACCACUGCUUACCCCUCUAUGUACUUCUGAAUGUACAGGUUACUCACAGACACUCACAAAUGUUCUUAGUGAAUGUGAAAUGAAGAAAAAUAAAGAAUAUAAAAAAUAAAAUCUAUAUAUUACACACAUCAAUAUCUCCACAUCCAUGUGGCAAGGUGUGGUAAAAGUACUGAGACAGGUGGAUUUACCUGUGUUUCACUGCCUUGCUCCUGGCUUAAAGGAACUCCCCAAGCACCAUAACCAAUCCCACUAAAUAUUGUAGGGGUAAGAGGGGGCGUUCUAAUAUUGUAACAUGCACAGAUAUAACAAGUUUGGAUUUUUUAUGUAUAUUUCUUACACUAGAUGUGUGCUACUUCUGUACAAAACCCCAUAUUGUCUUCUAUGCCUUUGUCACUAUUCUGUGACGUUGUUGUGACAUGUAAGAGACGUGAUUAUUUUAGUUUUUACAGUUAGAAUUUUGGUAAAUGUACUUGAUUUUCAUUUGAGCACCAAUUUCAAUUAAGGUUUGUGGUUUUUUUUUAAGUUCAAAUAUUGCAAUCUAGUUUAUUUUGUAAACUUGAUGUGUGCUAACAUAAUAAAAAUUUGCUAAAUUGUGCUCAGGUAUAUCUGUCACGGUUAGCCACCCCAAAAUGCUGAAUGUGUACCCACCAGAACUAAACAGAGAAAACGUAUUACUAGUCCUUGAAAUAAUAGUUUAAUAUAGAUAGGAAAAUAGUAAAGGAAAAAUCCAAGUAAAAAGGGAGCCAGAAGUUGGAAAAGCAAGCGACAUAGCUGGAUCAAGGAUACCAGAUAAAACAGUAAUCAAGGAAAGCAGAGUCAAAAGCACAGUAAUUAAUUUUUUUUUUUUUUUUUAAAGUAGUAAGAAUGUACUUUUGAGACUAAUAAAGAUACAACAUGCCGUUUGCGUCAUAGCAAUGCCCCCAAAACGUAAGGGGAUAUUGCAAAUUUAGCCAUUUUGUAUCAUUAAUGUGAUGACGAUGUGGAUGCAUAGUGUCAUAAGGCGUCUGUGAUGAAGAGAACAGCAUGAUGCCACAAUGGAGCACUAUAUCACGAAAAGGUGCAUACAGGGUGUAGAACACCGGCACAUUCAUCCUUACAAUAUCUCGUGUACAUGACGACCCUAUUCACAAGUUUUAAAUACAUGUCUGAAUUUAUAACCAGCCCAGUGUAGGUUUUAAAACCAAAAUAGCAAAUGAAAGAUGGGCCUAUGAUGCAUUUGUGGAAUUUUAGUAGCUCACAUAUUUAAAGUACUUCGUAAAUGGAUACCAUUUGCAAAUGUGGACACCAUGGGUACUCUCACAUGAUAUAUUUCGAACUUUAUUGAUGAUCCAUUUUUUUUUCCAAUUUGUGCCACUGCAAUAAAAUUACCUUAAAUAUACUUGGCAACAUCUGAUUACAACAAUAACAUAUUUUAUAUGCGAAACCAAACCCUAAUUCUUAACCGAGUUAUGCCAAAACUAAACCUAAUCCUAAUCAUAAACCCCACCCUAACCCAAAACCUAAUGCUAUGCCAAACCCUAACUAUAAUCCUAAUUUUGAUCCUAGCAAUAGUUUUAGAAAGAUUCAAUGUCUUGCUGGCCCUAAUUUUAAUCCUAAUCCUUAAACUAAUCCUAAACCUAGAGAGAACAAAAACAAAAUCACCAUAAGGUCAAAAGGACCAAAUAUGGCAAAUUGUCAGUGCAGGUAGUACCAGGGUAUUCUGGGCAUCUACCAUAAAUUAGGGAACAGCAAACACAAUUGAAGCUUAUGCUAGCUUUAGUGUACUAAUAAUCUUAAUUUUAAUAAGGAGAGGAGGCGAGUAUUUUGCAUUAACUCUCUUUACUAAACUCCAUAGCAGUAAAGAAAAAUGUAAAGAGUAACAAUAAAUCAAUGAGCAGCAUAGUCUAUAUAAAGGUCAAGCUGCCUGUACACUUCCUCUUUCUUUAAGAGACAUCCAAGUCCUGACUGAACUCGAAACAACCAGGAAACCAAACGAAACUAGUAGAAGCGGCUUCUGUGGAGCGCUGAACUUGAGGAGACUCCUGGCAAGCGAACGACGAACGACGUUAACGGAGCGGUAGGAGCGACCCGUUGAAAACAAGGACGAAAUAAAAUUGGGAAUCAUGGAAAUAGGUGCUGUAAAUCGAUCGGAGUCCGGUUCCACGCACCAAGUAGACCAGGAGGCCCAAGCUGAAAGGUAGCAGCGUCUAGUUCCGGGGGCCCAGGAAUCCCAUAAGAGGUCCCUAGUAGUCUGCGAUAGUCUGCUGACUUGCCAGGAACCCCUGAAAGAGUCCAAGCCACAAGGGGCAGACAGUCUUCCAAGAGCAGUGGGUGAAGAUCCCUUUGGGAUCCGUGAGCAGGUCCGGGAAGGAUGGUAGAAGUAGACGGUCCUUGCAUGAGGAGGCCAGGAGAUCCGGGAACCAUGGUUGGCUCUGCCACAAGGGCGUUAUGAGAAUCAGUGUCACAUGUUGCGUCCGGAUCUGGUGCAGUGUUCUCGCAAUCAUGGCGAAUGGGGGAAAAGGCGUAGGCCCCGGUGGUCGGCCAACGUUGGAGAAAUCCGUCCGUCGCUUUGCACUCCGGGUCCGGGAGCCAGCUGAAAAACUCCGGGGUCUGGUGAUUGUUGCGGGAGGCGAACAGGUCCAGAUGAAAGGGACCCCUCCAGGCUGUGAGGGCCCGGAAUAUUUUCGUGUCCAGCUUCCAGUUGCUGACGUCCCUCCAGUGACGGGAGAACCAGUCGGCCAUGAGAUUGAUCUCUCCGUGGAGGUAUUCGGCCUGGAGUGCGAUGUUGCGGGGGAGACAAAAGUCGAAGAUGUCUUUCGUGAUGUCUGACAGAAGGCGGGAGCGUGCACCCCCCAGGCGAUUGAUAUAUCGGACUGCGGAGACGUUGUCCAUGCGAAGGAGGAUGCAGCAGUUGGAUUUUUCCUGAGCCAGGCUGCGGAUCGUGAAGGACCCCGCCAGGAGUUCUAAGCAAUUUAUGUGCAUGGAGAGCUGUGACGUCCAUGUUUCGAGGAAGUGGUCCCGUUGGUAGCGCCCCAGCCCCACAAGCUGGCGUCGGACUCCAGUAUAAAAUCCGGGGAAUCUCCGAAUAUGGCCCUGCGGUUCCAGGCCUGCAUGCUGUCCAGCCACCAUGAUAUUUCUUCACGAACCUCGGCCGUCACCGGGACGGGUUGAUCGUACGUGGGAUCUUGCUUUGAGCCGUUGCAUGGCCCUGUAAUGGAGGGGGCACGGGAAUACGGCCUGAAUGGAGGCAGAGAGGAGUCCCACAUUUCUUGCUAAGUUGCGUAGCGGGAUGGAAUCGCAACAAAGUACUCUGCGAAUUUCCUUGCGAAUAGACAAGAUCUUUGAGGAUGGUAGUCUCAGAGUGCACGAUGUGGAGUCAAUCUCGAAGCCCAGGAAUUGUAUCGUCUGGGAGGGAGUCAAUUCCGAUUUCUGGUGGUUCACUACGAAACCCAGGGAUUCCAGUAGCGUCACUGCGAGACGAGUGUGUUGACGCAGCCUGAACUCUUCGGAGCAGAAGAGGAUGAUGUCGUCCAAGUAAAUGACGCACCGGAUGCCCCUGGACCGCAGGUGGGCUACCAGUGGCUUCAGGAGUUUGGUGAAACACCAUGGGGCCGAGCUGAGCCUGAAAGGGAGGCAGGUGAAUUGCCAAGGACGGCUGUGCCAAAGGAAUCGGAGAAGAGGUCAGCAGUCUGGAUGCACUGGGACCGACAGGUAUGAGUCUUUUAGGUCGAGUCUGGUAAACCAAUCGUUGCGUCGCAGGAGGUCUCGUAGCAGAUGGAUGCCCUCCAUCAUGAAGUGGCGGUACACCACGUAUGCGUUAAGGUCGCGCAGAUUGAUGACAGGGCGGUAUUCCCUUUUUGCGGACCAGAAAGAUAUUGCUGAAAAAAACCUCCCAAGCCGUGGGCCAGCUGGAUGGCUCGCUUGUCCUGAAGUUCGCGCAGUUCCAUGUCGACGAGAUCGUGGUCAUGAGGCGCAGGGGGUGUGCCUGAACGGGGGUCCCCACCAGGUCUAUGAUGUAGCCCUGUACUGUUUGCAGAAUCCACGUGUCUGACGACAGGGCGGCCCAAUUCUGGAAAGAAAGGGAAAUACGGCCCGCGGUGCGGGUGCAUGGUAAGAGAGGAGGAAUGAGAUUGCUUACGUGCAGCAAAUCGGGAACGUCCACGGCCCCUGUCCGAGCCUCUGGAGUAGGGUGGUUGCCUGUAAUCCCUGGUUGGGUAGAACGGUGUCGGCUGGGUGCGGGGGCCUGAAGGCCAGAACCGGCUGGCGGCAUAGCCCCAUUGCCUGCCAGCCCUUCCAAAAAACCCUCUGGUAGUGUUGCCUCUGAAAACUCGGCGCAUAGAGGACUGCGCUUUGAGUGAGGUGUUUGAGUUCUUUGAGGAACUGUUCACCAAACAGUUUCCCUUGUGCCUGGGGCCCAGUUUCCUUUGUGCCAAGCUCUGCCAAUUUACCGUUAAUACGGUAUAGCGCUGCUUUUCGUCUCUCAGAAGAGAGCGUAACAUUUGUUUUUCCAAUGAAACAAAAACAUCGUUUUGCCCACUCACGAACAUCAUGUGCCCAUUCCCUGAUAUUUUUGGCAGAAAAAGAAUCGGCUUUGGUAUAGGCGUCGUUCGCCAAGUACAUGAUGCGGGCCAGGGGGGCAACGGAGUCCAGCAGAUUGUCUUGAGCGCCCCACAAUCCUUUUUCUACCCCUCUGCGAGGGUCUCUUCCGCUCCGCAUCAUGAAGGUUGUCAUAACCUUAUGGAACUCAGGGGUUUGAGCCACUUUGUCCGGCAGGGAAGAGCGUGGGCAUUCCGACCUAAGUCGUCUGCGUACCUCCUUUUUCUAGAGGUUUGCGGAGCCACAGGUGCAUGAACCUGGAGAGGUGCUCCGGUGGUGACCAGUCUCCUGAUCUGGGAUGGCUUAUGUUGCGGGGGUCGAACAUAGCCUGACCCGAAGGGUCUAAUAUGGUGUCUGAAUCAAGUGGAGGGUCUGCGUCCACAGGGUCCUCGCUCCUCUCUGUCUGGGCCGCACCCAGGAGGGUCUCCCGCAUGAAAGCGGAGAUAGACUUCUCACCCGAACCCCAAGCAUCAUAGUCGGAGAGGUCUGCUUGCCACUCGUCUAGAACUGACAUGGAGUGGGAAGGUUCUUGAUCUUCGUCGGAAGAGUGAUCCUGACGCGGGGCCGGUGUACUAAAUUUGGAAGAUUUUUUUUUUAAUGUUUGGCAGGAGCCUUACCCUUGGUCGGUUUGGGUGUAUUGUCUUCGCCUCUUUCGUGGCGUUUUCUGGGGCGGGAGUCCUCCCUGGCAUGGUAGUCCGAGACAUCGGAGUACGACUCGUGGCGUGGGCGUCUGCGAGCAGAUUUGGGUAAAUCCGGAGCUGUAGCUCGCACUUUGGAGAGUGCCUUCUCCACAGAAGCAGCGACAGCUGCAUUAAUCAUGGCCUGGAAGUCCACAGGGACAUUCUGGGAGUCUUCCAUGGUAUAGGGUAGGCUUGUGAUACACGUCACUAAUAGGCACUAUAGUAGUGGCACCCAGGUCUUAGAUAUAGGGCGUAAGGCGUAGGGUCAGUUGAUGUGGUGGUUAUGGUGGAUAACAACACCAUCCAGUUAUAACCCCAGCAGGGUAUAGUUGGUGACCUUAAUAAGACUGGGGCUUAUUAUUAGUUAGAGAGAACUGCAAAAGCUAGUCUCCCAAUAAGCAGCGCAUUACUUAGGUACGUAUAAUGGGGGCUCACCCCGGUUGCACAGGGUUGGAACCCUUAAGUGUAGGUCACAAGAUUAUACAGGCAGCAGCACUGACCUGACUGACCCAGCCAAUGAAUACAGGAAUCUUCUGGUGAUUGUGGCAGGCACAGAAGUACCCAGGUAUGGAGGCACUGCAGGAACUUCAGUAUAGUAAUCCCUGGUACUCACAGGGUGUGUAGAGGAUAUUCCACAGUGUUUAGAACUCUAAUCUACUUAUCCAACAAAUAUACAUUCAGAAUACAUUGGAAGUUGAUGGCACACAAGCUUAUACUGUGACCUCUGGAUCCCUAAUGUAAUCCACGCGGUAAAACAAUAUGGCCGCGUGGAUCUCGCGAUAUGCGCGAUCAAAAUGGCCGGAAGCCGGGGAUUUAAUUUAGACCGGCCGCGGGUGAAAGAGGCCAGCGCGUUCGGUGCCGCGGCCAAGAGGAGGGAGCCCAGGAGGGGGGACUGAGGGUCCCAGGGCCGACCAGGAGAUGAGGAAGGGGGGAAGGAAACCCCUAUGAGGCUCAGGCAAACCCCACUGCCCAGAUGAAAAGGUACAGCCACAAUAACUAAUGUACAGAAAAAUACAGUGAAAAACAGUAAUGAACUAAAUAACAGACUAGCACAAUAAAGGUAUAAGUCUGACCUGUCUGCGAUGGAGCAGUAAAGAAAGAGGAAGUGUGCAGGCAGCUUGACCCUUAUAUAGACUAUGCUGCUCAUUGAUUUAUUGUUACUCUUUACAUUUUUCUUUACUGCUAUGGAGUUUAGUAAAGAGAGUUAAUGCAAAAUAGGAAGCCUCCUGUCAGGUUAUAAAAUUGUAAUACCAGAAAACAAACCCCUAAUCUGGUAAAAUGAGACCCCACAGUCAAAAUUUCUAAAUUGUUAAUAUUAGUGUGUAAUAGGACCAAAACCAAAAGUAGUGUGCACAAUGUAGCAGCAGCUAAGUAUCUGUGUAACAGAAUCAAUGUGCAAUACAGGCUUUAAUCAUUUAUGCCUACAGUACAUUGAUACAAAUUACUGCUAUUUCAAUGUAACAAAACGGUUACAGACAGAAAAAUAGGGAGGUAAGGGAAAUAGAAGGACUCAGUGUAAUUACUUGUCAGGUUCUUAUUCUGACAAGCAAGACUUUUCCGUUUAAUACUGUCCCUUUAAAUACAGUUCCUGUUUUUCACCUCUAGUGGCCUCCUUAGCCACUAGUCACCUCAGAAUCACCUGUAUCAUAUGUAAUGACGUUUUGCUAUAUAUGGGCACACUCAACAAAGCAAGUGGCCCUUACAUUGAAGUUGAUGUUCAUACUACAGACUUCAGAUCCUGGCUCCUGUAAAACAACCUGUAACUUACCUGCAAUGCUUCUUACCUGAUUUGCUAGCACCCCUACUCCUUACCAACUUGGAUUAUUUACAACUAUAAUUCUCUGCUUUAACCUGCCUACCUGAAUUUAUACAACCCUGCAAAAUCAUUAUCUGGAUAUUCCUGAACACUUUUAUUAACAAGGUGUUAUUUUUUUUUUCUCUGACUCCUUAUAGUUACUAGUCAGAGCCGGUGCAAGGAUUUCUGCCGCCCUAGGCAAAGAUCCAUUUUGCUGCCCCUUCAUGUCACUCACUCACUGACACACACAGAAACUCACUGACAGACAUACAUUCACUUACUGACUCACACAGACACUCACUGACAGACAGACACUCACUAAGACUCUCACUGACCUACGUGCACUCAUUCACUGACACACACUCAAUGACAGACACACACACAUUCACUGACAGACAUUACUCACUCACUGACAUACACACACACACACACAGGCAGACAUUCACUCACUGACAAACACUCACCUCCCUGGGAUCCAGUGUGGGGCAGCUCCUCACUCCUCCCGCCCUCUGUUUAGUAUGCCAAGGCCGGAAUUAUGUCAUAUUCCGGCGCCCGGCAUCACAUAGGGCGCACUAUUGAAGCAUAUAUUCAGGCACCAGGAGGAGCGGCUCUGGAGCCGCUCGCCCAUUGCUGCAGCCCAAGACAGAGGGGCCCACCAGGAAAUAUCCUGUUCCUGAUACCUUUCCUAUUAUUCUUCCUAUGCUUUUAUCCAGCUUUAUUUGCACACUUGUUUGUUUUCUAUUUAGAGCAUAAAGCCUUAACGUUUAUUUCUCCCUUUUCUUCUCAUUAUUUAUUCUACACAUUAUACUGCUGUAAUGUAAAAACCUACAAAUAAAUCCUCUUCAGUUAACUCUGGCAAAUGUCUCCUACCUGACCUGAUCAAGAGCAUGACAUUACUCCUAUCAUCCUCAUCCAAUUAUAUAACGGAGCUUAGUAUCUUCAAGUCAAUCAUCACAUUUAGCUGACUAGCCACUGAUAUUCACUCAGUAUAUGUUAGUUCCUGGCUAAUCCCUCAAAACAGCUGUGCCCUGAUUCCUUGUUACCAUGGCUGUUCAAAUAGGUGAAAAAAACUACCAACUCCCUUGGCUAUCCCUAUAAAGGUAUUACACUAUGACUAAGCAUAAGGCAUCAGGAUUAGUGCUAAAUAGCUGUGCAAGAAUGUGAGGGCAGUGAAAAUAAAAUAACAAAAACCCGACACAUGUUUCAGUUCCCUCUAUGCUCAAAGAAAACAAGGGUCCAUGUCUGGAUUACCCUUUUAACUUACGGAGGGCUUAAGUAAAGACAUGGCAACAAAAAUAGAGAAUGUGAGAAUUCUACGAACCGUGCUCACUGUGCCUAGAGGAGUGUGAGAGAGAGUGUGGAAGCUCCACCUCGCUGACGAGGCCCAAAGAAGGAUGAAACCAUCAUGUGGGGUUGCUGUAUCUCUCAUGCAGAUGGAACUUUGCAGCAUUGUGGGUCUGGACAGUGACUAAACUCCAUAAAAGUCUGUUAAUUAAGAUGUUGGAUUUUUUUUUUUUUUUAUGAUUUCAUAGAAUGGUUCAUAUUGGUGUUAUUAAGGUAUAGGCAAUUUUUAGCACUCCAAACGUGGUGGACUACAUCACCCAUUGUUCUUUGCCACCAUUAUAGCUGUUAAUAUUAAUAUCAUUAUGGGAGAUGUAGUAUACUACAUUUGGAGUACUGAAGGUUGCCUACCCCUGGCAUUUAUGCAGAACUUUUUAGAUGUCUUAACUGUUUAUUUUGAGGCCUUUACAUUUGAUCAAUUUUUUUUGUAGUAUAACAUCCAUAUGUUUAUUUACAGAAUGAAGGUCAAUUUUUGUCCCCAGUGUGGAGAGAAAGUAGACGAUGCAUUUAAGUUUUGCCCAAAUUGUGGUUUAAAAUUACCCAUCGAUGAAACAAAUGAUGAACCUUCAACGCCCAGCAAGUUACCACCAUCACCAGGUACAUUUAAUUAUAAUUUCCAAUGCAGCAGCUCAGUGUAACUUAACAUAACACUACCACCAAAUAUAUAUAUAUAUAUAUAUAUAUAUAUAUAUAUAUAUAUAUAUAUAUAUAAAAAUACAUAAUAUCCUUGCACUCAGACUCAAUAGUUACAUACCGGGUGCUUGCAGUCCUAGGGAAAAUUCAAAUAUCCAAUUUGCAACAGGUGACCAGCACUCACGGAUUCAUGAAAGAGUUAAAACAUCCAAAGUUUAAUGAAAAAUUAAAAAAUUGUUGACAGCUCAACGUUUCAGUCCACCUCUGGGACUUUCAUCAGGAACAAUAAUGAUAUCUCACAAUACCCAUACAUAAAUAGGCACAGCAAUUAACAUAAUUGAUGAUUAAAGAUAAUAAUGAAUUAGCAUAAUUGGAAGCUACAUUCAAGGAAUUAACAUAUUAACAGGUACAUACAAAAAACAAAAUCCUACCUACCAGUGUGUGAUUGCAGUAGCAGCCGGCGUUCUCAGAUUAAAGAUAAUGAUAAUGAUUAAAGAUAAUAAUGAAUUGGCAUAAUUGGAAGCUACAUUCAAGGAAUUAACAUAUUAACAGGUACAUACAAAAAACGAAAUCCUACCUACCAGUGUGAUUGCAGUAGCAGCCGGCGUUCUGAGAACGCCGGCUGCUACUGCAAUCACACUGGUAGGUAGGAUUUCGUUUUUUGUAUGUACCUGUUAAUAUGUUAAUUCCUUGAAUGUAGCUUCCAAUUAUGCCAAUUCAUUAUUAUCUUUAAUCAUCAAUUAUGUUUAUUGCUGUGCCUAUUUAUGUAUGGGUAUUGUGAGAUAUCAUUAUUGAUCGUGAUGAAAGUCCCAGAGGUGGACUGAAACGUUGAGCUGCCGUCUGAGAACGCCGGCUGCCACUGCAAUCACACAAUGAUAGGUAGGAUUUCGUUUUUUGUAUGUACCUGUUAAUAUGUUAAUUCCUUGAAUGUAGCUUCCAAUUAUGCUAAUUCAUUAUUAUCUUUAAUCAUCAAUUAUGUUAAUUGCUGUGCCUAUUUAUGUAUGGGUAUUGUGAGAUAUCAUUAUUGUUCCUGAUGAAAGUCCCAGAGGUGGACUGAAACGUCGAGCUGUCAACAAUUUUGUAAUUUUUCAUUAAACUUUGGAUGUUUUAACUCUUUCAUGAAUCCGUGAGUGCUGGUCACCUGUUGCAAAUUGGAUAUAUAUAUAUAUAUCUCUAUCAUUUUUUUUUAUUUAUACAUUUUUAUUUUUUUUACAUAUACUGUUUGCACUCAUGUCCAUAGUCAGUUACAGUGUCUCUACUCUCCAAUCCCAACAUGAAAGUACAGCAUGUCACUUUCUCACUGUGCUGCAUCUAAUGCAACUGAAUGAGUUUGCUGUGAGGGAAUGGCUAGCAGUCAGGGGUGAAAGCAAGUGCCAAUUAGCAUGAGAUGAUGGAGCAAAUAGCCUUGAUUGGGCCGCUCCCUAAGAUUAUUUGGGGAAAGUCAUAAUCGUAAUCUUGAAUGACUGAACCUUCAAUUCACUAAAGGUGAUUUAUACAAUCAUGCAUCCAAGAAGUGGACCUGAUAACUUCAGAAACUUUUGUGUCUUUAUCAAACAACAUUGUUGAAAGGGUUGCCUGGUCCAUCUGUUUGUUUAAAGUUUGAAAAACUCACUUACAAGCAACUCAAAUAAUUAUUUUUUUAAAACAUUAAUAUAAAGGAUUUUAUUCCCAUUGGAUAUGCAGUUAUUUAUUAAAGCGAAUUCAACGUAAAUUUGAAAUUUAAGGCCAGAGUAGCUGAAUGGUAAUCAUAGCUGACUUAGAGAAUGUUUCCAGUUUGGCUACUUUGACCUUAAAUUCACUUAGAAUUCACCUUGAAUUCUCACAUUAAUGAAUAACCCUGAUCAACUUGAUUAAAUAAACUAUAUAAACCCCUGUUGUGGUUCAUUAAAAAAUAAAAUUACAUAAAAUUAGGGUUUUAGAAAGUGUGUUGGCAAUCUGUAUUUAUUCAGUGCAUUUUCAUCUAAGAAAAGGCAAACAAUAUUUGCAUGUAAAGCAAGGCUUUUCAGAUUCCAACAUUCCUACUGAAUAGUAAAUAUUGUAACAGUCACAUGGUUCAUACAUUUCAUUUAACUUUACUUAAAGCUAAUCUAACGUGAGAUGGUCUCCUCACCACCACUCGACUCUGCACGUGGGAGACCCUCACUAGUGAUGAUCUCCUUAAGUCAUGAGCCUCUUAUAUAGAAAUAUUGGGGUUAUACUGUCAAUUGCCAAGUUUCAUCAAUAGAAUGUGUCAAGUAGGAACCAUUGAAUCUAUCACUUCACUGUGAGACUCAGUUCCAUCUCAUUUAAGCAAAUAAUCUCACUCUGUCUGUAUGACAGCCAGGAAAGUGAAAAUUGGGUUAUGUAUAAUAUAAGACAAAUCACAUACCCUGUCCAACCUGCGGCGCCCCAGAUGUUGCUGAACUACAACUCCCAUGAUUCUUUCAAUUAAAAAGAUAGCUAGGAAAUCAUGGGAGCUGUAGUUCAGCAACAUCUGGGGGGCCGCAGGUUGGACAGCCCUGCCCUAGAGCAAGAGAUUUGGAAUGUUUCUUCAAAACUGCACAUACUGAACUUUUCAUAUUGUAUGACUUAUUUAUUUUUUAAAUGGGAAACUGUGUUGGAGGUAAAAAUGUGGAUAAGAAUAAUGAAAAUGACAUAUCUGAGAGUUUUAGAGGUUUACUCCAACCAAAAACAGUGUUUUAUUCUAGCAGCCGUAGCUGGAGUAGUCCUCCCCCUUGAUAAUAGAAUAAAAAAAUAAUGUACGUUAUAAUAAAGGAAUUUACCUGCAAUCCCACAUAGAGACCAUGUCUUCCUGCAAUGUGAUCCACAAGUUAAGGGGUGGACUUGAGCAACAUGUGGGGCAGGGCUGUACCACCAUUGGUCAUCUGUGGCAACAGAUGCCCAGUAUGCACAAAAUUAACAUUAUCCAGACUCUCAUUCCAGGCAAGCUAUUGAUGCCACCAGAGGUGGAGUAACAUGUCCCCCAGCUAAAUGCAGCACUGUGCCUACAGCAGCAUGACCACUUAAAAUAACCUAAGUAGUCAUAGUGCUUGGAUUAACCCUUUGAAUGAGGAAAAUAAUGUAAACAUAUUUUUCUGUUCCACCAUAGUUAAGAGAUCGCCUGUAAAAAGACUUUCCAGUGCCAGUGCAUCACCAAAUGAAGGUAGUUGUGCAAAAAGAAGGACCAUGGAUAAACAAGAGACAGACACAUUAAGGUCUCCCAGCAGCCGUAAGUUGCUUAUAUUUUUCAUUAUUUUUAUUUCUUUUUUUAUACUAGAAUGUGUGUAGUACCAUCCAAUAAUACAGCCACAACACUUUAUCUUUGACAUGAAUCACCACCUAGUGCAUUGAAUAAAUCAUAUUAUAAAAAUUAUAUAGAUAUAUACUCCUCUCACUUCCAAUUCAGUGGUGUCAUGUCCUAAUCUUUCUGGGUGUUACUCUUCUGUCUUCUCUCUUCUUUGAUUUGCGGUCUUUGGGGAAGCUUCCCCAAGCAUGGCAAACCUUCUCUGUGAUGGCUAACACAAUGCCUUUAUUGUUCCUAUAUUCCCUAGCUAGCAGCAUCAGCCUGGGAGUUACCAUGCACUGUGGUAGUAGAAGAACUGCCUAAGGAAGAACUUCUUAACAAGGGACAGGGGCACUAUAGUGUUAGGUAUACAGGUUUAUAUUCCUAUCGCUGUAGUGUUGCUUUAAUAUACACAAAUCAUCUUCUUUGUGCAGGUGUUUUCUUUUGCUGCCUUCUUCAUUUCCCCUCCUGUCAUCCCCGCUGUCCUUUUUUUACUCUCCUCUUCUAUCUCACCCUCUCUUUCUUUUACCUUCUUUCUUUGCUCAUAUCUUCUGUAUAUAACUCCUGUAUACACGCUUAUUAUACAUUACAGGGCUCUUUCAAUUGCUCCCUAUUUUAUCUCUCCGAUUCCCCAUUCUAGAUUCUUCUUGAAAUGUUUCUCAUUUCAUGUUUUUGGUCAUUAGACAUUCUUAUUGUUUAUACAUCUUUUUAAAAUGGUAAAGGACACUAUACUGCUCAUACACAAAUUUCGUUUGAAAAAUCUGUAUUUAGUAGAUAUACCCCCAAUAAAAACGUGCGUGUAUUUAAUUAUACAUUUUUUAUUGGGGGUACAUCUAAAUACAGCUUGAUAAAGCUGUAAAUCUCUUUUUUUCUACAGUUUUCAUUGAGAUGCCUACUUCAUUAAAGGGAAACUAUAGUCACCAGAACAACUACAGCUUAUUGAAUUUGUUCUGGUGAGUAGAAUCAUUACCUUCAGGCUUUUUGCUGUAAACACUGUCUUUUCAGAGAAAAAUCAGCGUUUACAUUACAGCCUAGUGAUAACUUCACUGGCCACUCCUCAGAUAGCUGUUAGAGAUCCUUCCUGGGUCCUGGCUUCCUAAAAUGCAUCCAAACAUUCAGUAUCUCCUCCCUCUGCAUGCAGACACUGAUCUUUCCUCAUAGAGAGUCAUUGAUUCAAUGUAUCUCUAUGAGGAGAUGCUGAUUGACCAGGGCUGUGUUUGAAUUGUGCUGGCUCUGCCCCUGAUCUGCCGCUUUGUCAGUCUCAGCCAAUCCUGUGGGGAAGCAUUGUGAUUGGACCAGGCUACCACUUCUGAUGUCAGCAGACAGCUUGUUUUUCUGAGGCAAACAGCAUGCAGAUCUAUAGCUUCUGCUGGAAUACAGUAAGAUUUAGCUAUAUUUAUGGAGGCAUGAGGGGACCAGGGGGGCUAGAUGAUGAUUUUAACACUAUAGGGUCAGGAAUACAUGUUCGUGAUCCUGACCCUAUAGUGAUCCUUUAAGAUGAAGUGGUCUGGGUGUCUAUAGUAUUCCUUUAAUAUCGUAAUGAAGGGCCUUUUGUUUUUGUUUCUGAGUUGAAUCUCUUAAUGAAGGACCUGUUGUUUCAUUUGUCUGAAUGCAAGCAGAGAAGGGCACUAGAUUUUGACAAGGAGCUGGGGAUAUCCACAAGCCACACUUCAGAGCAUUUGGAAUCUGUCCCAGUGGAGAAAUGGAGCAUGUAUUUCUUACUUUUCCUCAACAUGAUUUUAUAGAUGACAUCUAAAUAAAGGUUGAUGCGCUUUUGGAGUUUAAUUGGUUUGCAGCCUGUUAAAAAAUUACCAUUAAGGGGGGCGGAGCCAGGCUUCCAGGCUGCAUGGACGUGCUGAGACUGAGCUCCUGACUAAACAUGCACGAUUUGAGGCAAAAACCAGCAUGUACUAGCCGCUUCCCAAGAGACGGCGGUUAACAGGGACACUCAACACCAAGCCUCCAGAACUGUCAGCGCCAGGUCCAUUGACAACCAGCUUAGACCUGCUAUAUAGCAUGACCAGGACUGAUAAACAUCAGAGCAGAAAGCAUAAUCACACACAGCUCCGGACUGCAAUGACUUUGAAUCUUAAAGAAACAGUUUCUGCUAUGCGAAAAGAUGCAUUUAUCUUCACCACCACACGCUACUCAUCCAUGACACUCGCACAGCGACUACACUGCAUGUCAGCAAACAGAUCCUGCCGAUAGCACUAGUUUACCUGCUAUUCUACCUACCUUAACUCACGCAUGCUAACCUACAAUGUACAGCCGAUAGGCAAACUCAAUGCUCACCUCCAAACAUACACUAGCUUUAGGGCACGUGGCAAUAUGGCAGAUCCCCAUCACACCAUCACACAGCACAUACAAGCUGUAUAACAUGUAAACCAUGUCGCUAAGAAGUAUUAGGUGUUAUCUCACUGGGUUACACUCGCAUAACCAGAUGACACAGCCUAUUGUUCAUAUAUUCUUUCCCUCCUAAUCAACUUAGUAUGACACUCGACUGUUUAGUACCUUGUACAUCAUUAUUAUGUCCUUUCUUGUCUUACUCGUGUUCCUAUUUUGCUAUCACAAAAAAAAGUGCAGCAUCUUUUGACUACCUAUGCCAAUUGUCUACUAUGAUUUAUUGUAUUGAACAAGUCAUCGCUUUCGCCUGUAAUUUACUCUUACUAAUUUACUUAAAAAUAAAGAAUUUUAAAAAAAUAAAAUACCACUAAGGGGCCACACAGAUAACUUAAUCUUAUUGAAGUGGUCUUGGUGCUAUGUCCCCACUGUUUUAACCCUGCAGCUUAAAGAGAAACUAUAGUGCCAGGAAAACAAACUUGUUUUUCUGUCACUAUAGCUUCCCCCUCUGUCAAGGCCCCCUCCUCACCCUCCUCCGUGGUGCAGCAAGGGUUAAUAAUCCCUUCUGUCACUUACCUGGGUCCAGUGUCAGUGUCCCUCGGCGCUGGAUUAGCUCCGCCCACACUCCUCCCCUGCCGACGUCAGCCGGUGGGGGAGACCUAAUGCGCAUGCACGGCAAUGGCCGCUCUCGCAUUAGUAUUUCCUCAUAGGAACACAUUUAAUGCUUUCCUAUGAGGAUUCCAGUGACGCUGGAAGUCCUCAUGCAUAGCGUGAGUAUGUACAGCGUCGUUUAGGCGACCAAAAGCCGCCUAUUCACUCGGAAGUCCCUCGAGUGGCUGUCUGGUAGAGAGCCAGAAGAGGAGGAGUUAACCAUAGCAGGUAGUUAUUGCAGUUUAUAAAAACAUUGAUGGUCUGCAGGAAAAGCAAUGCGUUUAUUGCAGGAUUACCCUGUCUCUUUUAAUACUGACAGCCACUAAAGUCGCUUGCACCAAAAUAGUGGCGUAAAACACUAUUUCAAUCCAAUGGUUACAGGUAGACCAUUUGAUUGGCGUAGCAUGCGCACAAGUCUCACAAUAAUUACCUAUGGGGAAAGCAUUGGGUUCGCUGUGAUCAUCGAUCUCAAUUGUCUCAUCCAAAGUGGCGGAGCGGAACUCCAAACACUUUUUUAAUCUUUUAAAACCUUUUUAAUCCUUGCAGUGGGGGACCAACCACCUAAACUGUGACUAGGGCACUAUAGUGUUAGACAAACAAAUUUGUUUAGAGAUAGAUAUAUAUGUAUAAUAUAUUAAUAUAUAAUAUAUAAAUCCAAAUAGGUUAUGGUGGGGAAAAACUGUGAUUGAAACCCCCUUCCACCUGAAGUCUGUGGAUAAGGGGUUUUCAAUCACAAUUAUUCCCCACCAUAACCUAUUUGGAUUUUGCUUCCCAAGCACUACCAAGCCUCAAUAAGCAAACCAGUAACCAACCUCAUGCUGACAAGUUGCCUUAACAACGAAACAGCUGUCCAUGAGUGGUUCACUGGUUUUGCAUCUUUUCCUAUAUUGUGUUUCAAACUGUUGUAUACAGCAAACACAGAUUAAAAUGAAUCCAUGUUUAAAAUGGAAUGAGGCAAAAAUGUGAUUCUUUGUUAAACUAAUUUGCAUAUGCCCACCCAGAAUCCUUUGCGGUUGUAACAUCGCUGCAGUUAUGGGAUUUCUGUGGGAAAAGCAAGACUUAUGGCUUAUGGAUAUAUAAUCUCUAAACAAAUUUGUAUUUCUAACUAUAGCGUUUCUUUAAGUGUAACUCAUUCUACUCUCUCUACUCUCUGAAUGUGUGUCCUUUACCCAAACCCCAAUUAAAACAUUAUUCCACCUCUCAGAAUAGUUCUACCAAUGGCUGCAUUAUAAUCUUCUCUCUGUUAUACAUGUACAAAAAAAAGCAGAAUAGCUUAUUGGUAUCUCUGAUGCACAAAGUAACACCAUGUUAGACCUGCACAGCUAAUAGAUUGAUAAAUAUGAAAAAGUCUUUUUAUUUUCCUCCAUUAAACUUAACUGUUUGCUGUAUUGAAACAUUUGAAAUAGUGACGCUGAGGAAAUAUUACAAAGGCAUGUGAGUAACGUUUAGAACAAGCAUGUCAAACUCGCGGCCCACAAGGACCAUCUUUGCAGCCCAGCGGUUCGCGAGUACAUGCUGAGGUUAUAGCAGAGUAGGCACCUGCUUUCCCCACAGCUAAAGCUUACCCGACCAUGGAGGAGGGCCUGCAAGGGAGCUCAGACUUCCUGCUCCCUCACGCGUGUCAUUUGUAGUGAAGUCGGGCGCCGGAAUAUGACGUCAUAUUCCGGCAUCACUAAACUGCGCGAGGGAGCAGCGAGGAGCAGAUAGAAGGACCCCAGGGAGAUACCCCACAUUGGCUCCAAAAGGUAAGGAGCAAUAAAGAAAAGUGUGUCUGUCUGUGAGUGUGUGUGUGUCAGCGGGAGGUAUGUUUUUCUGGCCUUCUACGCCUUACGUUAGUGGUCCCGCGAGGCCAACAUCCAUCCUCAUUUCGGAGGUACGGCAUUCCCUCGGGCCAAUUCAUAGCUAGCCACCUCGCUUGGUUGCAUAGAGAGGGCCUCAGUUGUCACUCCCAUUCUGUCUUAUUCUUUUACGAAUCACGGAGAGGCCAUCACCCUGCCAUAAUGCCAAUGGUAACGUACCCCACACGAGCCAAAUCAUAGAUAGUGCCUCUCAAAGCCGCUUGGCAACUAGUAGGGCCUCACCUGUCACGUUUCUAAGUAAUACUUUUGCCGCUUGGCAUUCGUUACACCAGCCAGUUGGGUAGGACCCCAGGUAACAUAUUAUUUUUAUGUUGUAGCAUGUCACAAAUACCCAAAGGCGGGGAAGAUUUGUCCAUCCCCAGCACACCGGCUAGAUCGGUCACUCCAUCCCGGGGUGACGACAAAGCGAGCCCUGCAUCACUCAGGGCAUGGACCAUUCCUCGGAUCACUGCCGAACUAAGGAAGAGGAAUAUGAUGAAUACACCGACUGAUAACUCAGGGGCGGGGGAAGGGUCCAGUGGCAGCCAUUCUUCUGAUCUGCAUACUGUUUUGUCUUCUGUCCUGACCUCUUUGGGUCGUAUUACGUAUAAACUCGACAAGAUGGAUGCAGAUAGCCAGCAACGGUCAUCUUCUGCAUUAGGGAUUCCGGUCGCUGUGUGCCUGGAGUGCCUGGACGGUGUGCCUGGACCCCCUACCGGGUAAUAUACCAACCGGUCUGAAAGACCCACAUAUUAUUAAUCCGGCACCUAUGGUGCCUGCAAACACUAAAAAGGACAUCUUGGAAGGGAAGGACAUCAAUCUGGUAUCACUUCUUAUAGCCUCGCAAGAUGUCCUUGAAAAUAAAACCUAUGCAUAUGGGGAUGUGUCGGUUGUGUUGAAAUCUAGGGACCCUAGGUUGAAUUGGAAACUAUCUAUUCCCGAAUUUGUGUUGGCUUUCGGGAUAUACAGAGAUGUGAUAUGCUCUGUAUAUCCGGAUAGGAGAGAAGAAUUGGACCUUUAUCUCCACAAGCUGGUGGAUUUGGGGCACAAGUACGGUGGUAUGUCUUUUUACGACUACCACCGUGCCUUUUCCGCAAAGGCGUCGGCCGCUCUAUCUCAGUUCAAUUAUCAAGCUGAUUGGGGUGUGCUUGAUACAGAGCUUUUUUGUUGACACUUUGCGGGCCUCAAAACCCCAACUUGUGCAAUUUGCUCAUCCAACUCCCACACGGCUAAUCUGUGCCCUAACUCUCCAGAGGUGAAUGCCGUUUUUUCUCCUACUAAUGUGAUGCCCACUGGGAGAACAGGCAGGGUGCUGAAAGAUAAACUAGGCCGUGAUAUAGUGUUUUUGGGAAAAUCGCAAGUCUGUAAUAAUUUUAACACUGGCACUUGCGGAUACAGUGCCUGCAGACUACUGCAUGUCUUCUCCCAAUGUUUCAGUGUUCACUCCAAAGUAAUGUGCCCCAAUAAAUUAUAUCCUAAGCAGUACUUAUCGUCUCUUAAUGUCUCCCUACUGGAAGAGCUUUUGUGUGGUCAUCAUCUUAACAUCUCGUUGAGUUUUUGGUGGCAGGAUUUACUUUGGGGUUUCACACGGGUAUUAUUCACAUGCCUACGGGAAUCUUGGAAUGUAAAAACUUACAGACAGCCCAAGCAGCUCCUGACACUAUUGACCUACUUCUCCAGAAGGAAGUUGACCAAGGUUUCUUAAUAGGCCCUUUCGACUCCCCGCCUUUCGCGGUUUGGAGAACUAACCCUAUAGGACUGGUCACUAAUAAAUCUUCCAAUAAACAAAGGUUAAUUCUCGACCUAUCUGCUCCCCAUGCAUCACCUACCCCAAGUCUCAAUUCACUAAUUCCAUCAGAAGAAUUUUCCCUCCAAUAUGCUACCAUAGAUAAUGCCGUCACUGCCAUCCUCUCGGCCGGGGUAGGGGCAUGGUUGAGUAAAACGGAUAUUGUAAAUGCUUUUAAGUUACUCCCUAUCCACCCUUCCCUGAGGCAUUUACAUGGUGUUAAGUGGCAAGGUUCAUAUUAUUAUUAUUUUACGCGCCUCACGUUUGGUUCUAAGAGCAGCCCCAGGAUUUUUGAUAUAUUUGCUGUGACGUUGUGGUGGAUGCUGCUUAACAUCUGUAAAUGCCCUGCCGUGAUCCAUUACCUGGACGAUUUCCUGACCAUAGAAAGGAACCUGGUACCUCCUAGUAGCCUCCUGUCCAUAACACGACUGUUCACACAACUAGGAGUACCUGUUUCACCAACAAAGACUGAAGGUCCAGAUAGAUCAUCAACUUCUUGGGGGUGGUGCUGGACUCUGUACGUAUGCAGGCUAGCCUCCCCGGGGAGAAGAUUGAACGCAUCCUGGCAGCCAUCGACCUUUACCUAGCAGGUGGCUCAUGUAAUAGGAAGGAGUUACAAUUCCUGUUGGGUUCACUAAAUUUCGCUAUGAAAAUUAUUCCACAGGGGAGAGCGUUCAUAUCCCGUUUGCUUAGCCUGUUUCCCCUAUUGCAAUCUGAUGCCUCCCGCAUUACGUUAGACGUACAUGCCACCGCUGACCUACAUAUGUGGAGGGAAUUUUUGCUAAAUUGGAAUGGGAAAAGCAUUUUUAUCCCGGUAUGGUCAGAUAAGUCGGUGUCAGUCUGGACGGAUGCCGCUGCCACUUCAGGAUUUGCCGCUAUUUGUGGCAAUGAAUGGAUGUGGGGUAAAUGGCAGGGGGAAAUUACUGAGAUCCCCAAGUUCAAGGACACAUCAGCCUUAUUUGAGCUCUAUCCCAUUGUGGCAGCAGCAGUUAAGUGGGGAGCUUGCUGGUCUGGGAAUACGGUGCGUUGCUUCUCGGACAACAUGGCAACGUUCCUCUUCCCUGGCCAUCAUGCGGUUUAUGAGGACUCUCACAUGGCUAGCUGCAAAACACAGUUUUCUUUUAACUUGCAUUCAUGUGCCUGGGGUUCUCAAUAUCGCUGCUGAUCACUUAUCACGGUCUUGGUUUCAGGAGUUCAGGGCAGCACUACCAACAGCUACCCUGACACCAACUCCAGUACCGCAGUGGCAGGAAAUGGUUUGGGACUAAAAGAACUGCUCUAUCAUGGGCAACAACUCUCACAACUCGGUCUUUCCGAUAACACCAGGAAGGCAUAUGGCAGAGCGUUGCAUGUUUUCAAUAGAUUCUUGCUGGACUUUAAUAUCACUGACCAAUUUUCCAUGGAGACAAUCAUCGCAUUCAUUUAUUUUUUCCACCUUUAUCUAACACUAUCAUUCAGUACCAUUAAGUUGUAUAUCACAGGUAUUCAACAUCACGUCCUCACCACUUGGCCUAAUAGACAAUGCUUUCUGUCAUCCUACCAAGUUAAAGGUAUUAAAGACUCCACCCCUAUACCCUCACCGUCCAGACUACCCAUCCACAAACUAUUGUUUCAGUCACUGUCAAAUCUGCUAGACACCUCCCCAUUCGAAGCUCAUACUAAUCGUAUAAUUAAAACAGCCAUCUAUUUGGCCUUUUACGGUUUUCUUUGGCCUAAAGAGUUCACCACUACUAACUAUAACUCCCCCAAAUUCAUCACAAGGUCAAACCUGGUGAAGGUACAAGAUCUGCUAUCCCUACACCAUACCAAAACUAGCGCAAAACGACAGACGGUCACUAUCACCUAUUACCCCACUAAUAAUAAAUGGUGUCCGGUGGAAGUUUUCGACAAAUAUCUUUCCUUCUGUACAAUAGCUCCAACACAACCACUCCUGACCUUACACAGUAAUAAGCUCACUACGAGUAAAUUCAUGGUGUAUGUUAGAAUGUUGUUGGUCCGUUUAGGAUUGAACCCAGCAAACUACUCUGGUCACUCAUUUAGAAUAGGAGCCGCCACUACAGCUUCUAAGAAGAAUAUCCCGGCUCACAUCAUUAAAAUUUUAGGCCGAUGGAAAUCCACGGCUUACACCAGAUACAUCCCUCAGCCAAUACAAGAGGUGCGCCUAGCAUUCAAGUCUAUGAAUAUGUGAUAUGCUAUGAUGUAUUUGUAGGAUGAAUAAACUGGUUUAUAUCUUAUUUUCCCUCUUUUAUUUCAGGCCUACUACCUCGUCCGUUCCGGCACACCACGACUGACAUUUCCAUUCCCUGUUUGUCUUAUGUUACUAAUGCUAUGGCUUUAUGCCGUGACCACAAAUGGAAGGCGUGGCCUAAAGUUGUGGGAGGGGCUUGGUUCCCCUUCUUAAGGAGCACCAGCCCUUCCCUCAUUACCUGUUAGGUCUGGCGAGUUGUCCCACCCACCACACCUCCUUUUAUAAGUAUUUCAUAAGGUAGGCCCUCUUUUAUUUCAGGCCGACUACCUCGUCAGUUCCGGCACACCAUGACUGACAUUUCCAUUCCCUGUUAUAUAUAUAUAUAUAUAUAUAUAUAUAUAUAUAUAUAUAUAUAUAUAUAUAUAUAUAUAUAUAUAUAUAUAUAUAUAUAUAUAUAUAUAUACACACACACACACACACACACGUAUAAUAGAUAGUAGAAGUGCCCUGGUGCAUUCACACGCUGAUAAAUAAUUACGUAGAAAAAAGAUGCACUCUUUGUUUUUUUCGAAAACAAUAACAGUCUUUAAUCCAUAGAAGGUUUACAAGUUGCUGAUCAACGUUUCAACACGUUCUGGUCUUCCUCAGGAUCAACAUGUAAACAUAAAAUCAGAAUAUAUAUAAGAAAAGAUAAAGUGUACUCACCAGUUGUGAUUAACUCCCUCAUCCCUUCAAUCCGAACCCAGAAGUGAAAACCGGAAGUCACGUGACGUGCAAUGUUACGUGAGAAUGUAACUUGGUUGCUUGGUUGUGUUUUUCGGGGGGCAAACUACACGGCAUGGGCGGGGACAGGCCUCACAGACUCCUAUACCGCAAGGGGUCCCUGUUCCAGCCGGCAUUAUACAGGGAAGGGGGAGGUGGGCUGGGUUGUCUGGGUAAGACCCAGUCUGCUUGUUUACGCACGAGUUAAAGGGGGAAGGAGGGCAUGGUACUGGUCUGAUGCUGGCUGACCCCUAGUUCAGCCAUAAGAGAAUAAUACAAUAUAUCUCAAUUACAAUGCCUUUAAUUCGAUUAAAUACUGUGUUGUUCUGUAUACAAAUUACUGCAAGUAGCACUUUGGUUAAUCACAUAUAUAUUGUACUACAUGCUUUACAGAUAUAGUAGUUAUAAUAGUAUAUGCAUUACUUACAGCUGAUUAGAUAAUGUUAUGCGAUAUCUGCAUUGAUAGUUGUAAAAAAAAAUAAUUAACCCCUGUUGAUUUUAAAGUACAUGGCUACUGGGAGCAUUGUGUCUGUAGGGGGGACAGUACUCUCUGCAGUCACCCCCUAAGCGCUUACUACUUUCAGUUAUACAAUCUUAUGUGUAUGUCCUACAAGAGUACAUUAUCUGAAUUCUCAUACCCCCAGGAACCCCGAAUACCCCUAGACGGGUCAUCUAAGCUAAGCCCCCCCUACUUAAGAGACCUCUGAUUUCUCUUAUACAGAAGCUCACUUUUUCUGCAGGUAUGUUGGUUCACGUUAUUUUCAACAUGGCCGUUUAGUUAUUUUCCCUGCCCCUUAGUCCUAGCGGUCCACGAGGCCAACUCCCAUCCUCCACUUCGAGGUACUAUACGCCCUUCGGGCCAAAUCAUAGUUAGUCGCCUCGCAAAUUAUAUAGAGAGGGCGACACCGGUCACUGCCAAAUACCCCCCUGUCUACUCAUGGAGAGGCCAACGUCCCAUCACCGGUGUAGGUUACCACGCCCCUCGCGCCAACUCAUAGAUAGAGCCUCUUUAGCCACUUGGCAUUAGAAGGGCCUCACCUGCCACAAAUCCUAGAAUAAUCUUUCGCCAUCUGGCACUAGCUAGCCACCUGUAAAUUCCCAACCCUGGUUACCAACAUGUCUGUUAUAUAUUUUCAGUAUGUCCCUACUCCCAGACGAUGGUGAGGAUAUGUCAAUCCCUAGCACCCCUGCUCGGUCACUUACCCCGACUCGCAAGGGCGACAUGGGAAGUCCCUCGUCCAUCAGAUCAUGGACUAUCCCCUGCAUUACUGCAGAAUUACGUAAACGCAGUAUCCCCUUCCCGGCUACUGCCAGGAAAGCAGAACUGUUCAAACUGCUAAGAACCGAUACCCUUAAUACAGACGCAGGGGAAGGCACAAGCAGCUCUCAAGAUCCAACUCUCCAUGCUAUGGUUGCCUCCCUAAUCUCUUCUAUGGAGAAGGUCAACGACAGGCUGGAGAGGCUGGAAGCCCGUAGCUUCCCUGUACAGCCUCCUGGCCCUCUCACCGAAGUAAUCCCGGUCAUACCCACAGCAAUAGUGGGUAAUUCCAUAAAGAAAAGAUCGUUCACAUCCUACACAAUAUUAGUCACUACAUGCACAGGGGGUCUUGCAAUCUUAAAGAAUUACAAUAACUUUUGAGUUCACAAAAUUUCGCCAUGCGCAUAAUCCCCCAGAGCAGGGCUUUCAUUUCUAGGCUCCUCGCCCUGUUCCCCACCUUCUCCAACGACUGUCCUGCGACCGCUGACCUCCAGUUGUGGUACAAAUUCCUCUCAGACUGGCAUGGGAGGAGCAUGUUCCUCCCGCAGAUUGAUUCACAGUCACCUGUCAUUUGGACAGACGCGGCAUCAUCCGCGGGAUAUGCCGCCAUUUUCGGCACAGAAUGGCUCUGGGGGACCUGGCCUACAGAAACACAGGGCAUUGAGGGUUUUAACACUAACUCAGCCCUAUUUGAAGUACACCCGAUAGUUGCUGCAGCUGUCACUUGGUGUAGGUUGUGGAAAGGGCAGUGCGUACGCUGCUUUUCUGACAACCUGGCAAUAUGCCACAUUAUCAAUAAGGGUCGCUCUUCCUCCUUGGCAAUUAUGAGUUUCUUUAGGAAACUGACAUGGCUGGAAGCUACCCAUCAGUUCCACAUUGUAUGCUCCCAUGUUCCUGGCAUAUACAACACGGAAGCUGACCAACUAUCUCACUUUCAAUUUCAGGCUUUCAGACUGUCCCUACCCUCGGCAGCUCGUGUGGCAACCCCAGCUCCAACUUUCCAAGACCUUAUCAUGGAGUAGACUAACUACUUCAGCACAGCCACGUUCUCACCAAGUUAGUCUUAUCCACCAGCACCCAACACGCGUAUCACAGAGCUUUUCACUUGUACAAACAAUUCGUGUCUGACCAUCACCUAGCCAACUGGUUCGAGGUUUCUUCACUGAUAGCUUUUGCAUCUUUUUGCCACCUUAAAUUUAAAUACUCACAUAAUACUAUUAAGCUGUACCUCACGGGGAUACAUUGUAUUGCUCCUUCCCUAACCACAAAGGGUUCUUAACUUCUUACCCCAUCCGAACACUACUGAAAGGCAUAGCGAAACACUCAAGAGACUUGCCAUUGACAUUAAAAUGUUCAAAUCCUUGUCCGUCCCUCUCGACCAGGCACCAUUUGAACCCCAUACGAAUGCGGUCAUUAAAACCGCCAUUUAUCUAGCUUUUUAUGGGUUUUUUUAGACCAAGAGAAUUCACCAUUAGUGGCCAGCACCAUAGCCAAGGGUGCCUCCUCACAUUUUACCUCAUGAAACACACAGACUACUAUGUCCUCACCCUACCUAAGACCAAAACAAGUCAGAUGGGGGAACCGGUUCACAUAACCUACUACCCCACAAGGAACAAUUGGUGUCCGGUGAAAGUAUUGGACGAUUUCUUAGCCACACCAACACGCACCACAAAACCACUACUAUUACUACACGAUGCAAUUCUUACCACGGCAAAAUUCAUGCUUUAUGUCCGUAUGCUUAUCACCAGACUUGGUCUAAAUUCUAGCAACUACUCAGGGCACUCUUUCAGAAUCGGAGCGGCCUCCACGGCCUCUAGCCAAGACAUUCCAGCACACGUAAUUAAGACACUGGGUUGCUGGAAGUCCUCGGCUUACGCCACUUACAUCCCACACCCAGUCCAAGAGAUUAGGAGGGCUUUCAUUAAGAUGUCUAUUUAAUAUGUAAUAAUGUACUAUGUUUUCUGAAUAAAUGUUUUCUUUGAUUUAUCUCUUUUUGCCCACUUUAUUUACCGGCCUACAGCAUACAUCGGUUUCGGCACACCUCAACCGACUAUUUCCUUUUAUUUAUUCCUCUUCACCAGCGUAUUCCAUAUCCUAUGAGAAUGCCCCAAACACAAAUAAAUAUAUAUAUUGUGAUAAAGUGAAGGCAGAUAGGCCUUUUAACCCCAGGGGGAGUAUGUGUAGUUUGUGUGUGUUACACAAAGCUUUGUUUAGUUAUGGGCCCCUGGGGUGGAGCAUUUGGAGAGAAGGGUGGGCCAAUGCUCCACUCCACAGUUUAGUGGUUUUCUGGGGAGACAUGGAUCCAGGCCAGGGUUUUUUGGAUCAUCUCCAACCCACUGCUCAGCUGCAGUUAAUGAACUGUUGCAGUGGGAAUAAACUCCUCCCUGCUAGGCAGGUAAAAGAGAGGGAUUGCUGGCUUCCUCCCAGGAAGCAGGUAGGAGAGAGAGGCUGUUCUCUCCAGAUAGUCAAGGUGACUAGGCACUUGGAGUGCAGAAAGGAAGCAGUCAGGGCAAGACUGGCUUGGAGCACUGGGAGUGCAGAAAGGAAAGCAGUCAGGGCAAGGCUGGCUUGGAGCACUGGGAGUGCAGAAAGCAAAGCAGUCAGGGCAAGGCUGGCUUGGAGCACUGGGAGUGCAGAAAGGAAAGCAACAGGUUAGAUAGCAGAGCGUUGCUCUCUAAUAAGGUUGGUGCAAUAUUGUGUUUAGUUUAACCCUGAGAGAUAGGGAACUAAUGUCAGUUAGUGCUCAGACGAGCUAGGUGUUUGUUUAUAGGGUUUUCUGUUACUUUUGUUUUUCAUUUACUGCUGUAUCCUGUGUGGAUUUACAAAUAAAGUGCCUGAGUAUAUGCAAUUACAAGGACUGUGCAUGUUUUUACCCUAGAGGGCCGUGCUACCUGCCGACAAGGAUCACAAUAUGGUGGAGAAUGCGGGCAAAGUAGCACAUUGAGGGUCUGUGGGUGUGCCAGUCAUUCGGUAGUCUGCUUGAGGACUUUUAUUUUUGCAGACCUGUUAAGCAAACAAGUAGCACUGUAACUUUAAGACUGUUACCUGCUUGGUGCUAUAAUGGAGGACCUGCUGAGAGCUGUGGUACAGGCAACGGCUAAACAACAAGGCACAAACAGUUUCCUGGCUGCACAGGUUAAGAACCUGAGGGACGCUCAGCAGGAGCAUAGAGCUGCCCUUACUGAGGUUUUGCAGAUUGCCCCCUGCAGGGAGCGUGGGACAAGGGACCCAGUAACCAAGCUACUGACAUCCUGCAUGGGAUGACAGAGGCAGUAGAAGAAGUCUUCAGCAAGCUGAAAAGCAUGGAGGCAGCAAAGCGUGCUGUUGAGAAACACGCAGGAGAGAAAGAACAGGAAUUAAAAGGCAAGAAGGAUGAAAUUGAGCCUAAAUGUAGUGAUAAAGAGGUCUUUGAAAAAGAGUUGGUGGUAAGCAAAAACCACCCAGAAGGUGUAAGUAAAGCUAGUGGAUACAGCCAGGAAAAGAAAAAUGAAGCAGAAGCCCCUGAUGUACACCCAAGUGAACAAGUCAAAGGCAUGAAAAGCAGACUGACUUGGGGAGUCAGAGAAGACAACAGUAAAGGAGCUGAGCUUAAUAGAGAGAAGCAAAGCACCCCAGCUGAGUAUAGCAAUGCGGUGCACUGUUUAGUAGCUGAGGCUACCCAAGAAUGUCGACCAGCUGUUGAACAGUUUGGCAGAGAAAGGCAAGGCCGAGAAGUUGUGGCAAAACGAAGUCAAAACAAGAAAGGCAAAGUAGCUGCUUCUGAUCUAAGCCAAGAGAGAGCGACAGUUACAGAACCAAGCUGUGGUGAUAAGAUAGGCACGUCCGCACCUAAGCCCGACCAAGGCGGAAGUGACAAAGUAGAUGACAUUGGCGUAGCAGAACAAAAUAUUUCAGAGACAUCUGGUAUUGUUACAAAGACUUUGAAUGAUUGUCCAGGAGCCGUAGAACUAGAUCUGCUGGCAAAGGCUACUGCUACAAGGCCUUGGCGCACUGACUACCGGGAACAGCUGCCAGAUUCUGGGAACACAGUCAUGGAAUUAAAGGCGGGACUCGGAAUGCCUGACCGGCUGUUUGAUACCAGGGCUGUAAUGACCCAGCGAGAGGCCGUGACUGCGUCUCUGGACAACCCCAUAGGGAGCAAGGCAGGUUCCCAGGGAUUCGCAGAACAGAUGGAGGAUGUUGUGGAGCCCUUCGCGGAGGGACUUGUUCCAGUGAAGGAUGAGCUGGUGACAGAACCAGGUCUUGAAGAGGUUGAGCAACUGGAAAACUCAGCUCAUGAAGGAAUUGGACAUAUAGCUACACGCCAAGCCUUUGCAAAGUUUGCUUUUGAAAGUUACUCUAACGUUGAGAGAUUAUCAAAUCAGAAGCUGCUAUGGAUGUGGAAGCAGAUGAUUCAGAGGAACUUGGCUACUAAGGAGCCACACAGUACUGAUCCUCAGCCUAGAUCCGCUAGCAACCAGAUAAGCGGGGAAACUGGAAAGCAAGGACAAAGUCUGGGACAAUAUACCUAUGAUGGUAGAACGUACCUAAAAGUCCUAUUUUGGCUACGAGACCAGACUGAGAAAAACCUCCGAUGCUUCAACUGCCGCAUGCAUGGACAUAUUACAUAUAGCUGUCCUGAGAGUGAAGAGACAAUACAAUGUGACAUAGUAAUAAGGGCUCUGUAUAGGAUUGUAUUGACUUGCUUAAAGAUGUGUAUGGUGACUGGUGGUGGUGUUACAGCACAGCUAAAAGUGGUGAUGGUGGUAGGGAAGAGUGCACAAGCACUGACAGAUUCAGGGAGUGAGGUUACUCUGAUGAAAAGUGUUCUGUUCCAGCCAGAGUAUGCAGCUGCCUACCUUGAUGUGGUGUUUAACAGGGUGGACUGGGUAGCACACCUGAUGAAGGUCCGGUUAGUUGUAAAUAAUGUAAAGGCUGCCGGUUUGACCGAUAACACUGCUACGUGUUAUCUGGGAUUUGAUAACUAUUUGGGUUAUCCACUUGGGCGGGGGCUCCUUAAACUACAAGGGAGCAAGGUAGCCGCUAUUUACAGUAGGCCACUUCCUGUAACUGAGAAGUUAGUCAGGGCUGGUAGAGCCCUAGGUGUUAUGAAAGUUCACGGUUUGUGUUCUAAGGCCGCUCGACCCGAUGGGUCUGAGCUGGGGAGGAGGAUAUGUGAUAAAGUGAAGGCAGAUAGGCCUUUUAACCCCAGGGGGAGUAUGUGUAGUUUGUGUGUGUUACACAAAGCUUUGUUUAGUUAUGGGCCCCUGGGGUGGAGCAUUUGGAGAGAAGGGUGGGCCAAUGCUCCACCCCAGGGGCCCAUAACUAAACAAAGCUUUGUGUAACACACACAAACUACACAUACUCCCCCUGGGGUUAAAAGGCCUAUCUGCCUUCACUUUAUCACAUAUCCUCCUCCCCAGCUCAGACCCAUCGGGUCGAGCGGCCUUAGAACACAAACCGUGAACUUUCAUAACACCUAGGGCUCUACCAGCCCUGACUAACUUCUCAGUUACAGGAAGUGGCCUACUGUAGAUAGCGGCUACCUUGCUCCCUUGUAGUUUAAGGAGCCCCCGCCCAAGUGGAUAACCCAAAUAGUUAUCAAAUCCCAGAUAACACGUAGCAGUGUUAUCGGUCAAACCGGCAGCCUUUACAUUAUUUACAACUAACCGGACCUUCAUCAGGUGUGCUACCCAGUCCACCCUGUUAAACACCACAUCAAGGUAGGCAGCUGCAUACUCUGGCUGGAACAGAACACUUUUCAUCAGAGUAACCUCACUCCCUGAAUCUGUCAGUGCUUGUGCACUCUUCCCUACCACCAUCACCACUUUUAGCUGUGCUGUAACACCACCACCAGUCACCAUACACAUCUUUAAGCAAGUCAAUACAAUCCUAUACAGAGCCCUUAUUACUAUGUCACAUUGUAUUGUCUCUUCACUCUCAGGACAGCUAUAUGUAAUAUGUCCAUGCAUGCGGCAGUUGAAGCAGUUUUUCUCAGUCUGGUCUCGUAGCCAAAAUAGGACUUUUAGGUACGUUCUACCAUCAUAGGUAUAUUGUUCCAGACUUUGUCCUUGCUUUCCAGUUUCCCCGCUUAUCUGGUUGCUAGCGGAUCUAGGCUGAGGAUCAGUACUGUGUGGCUCCUUAGUAGCCAAGUUCCUCUGAAUCAUCUGCUUCCACAUCCAUAGCAGCUUCUGAUUUGAUAAUCUCUCAACGUUAGAGUAACUUUCAAAAGCAAACUUUGCAAAGGCUUGGCGUGUAGCUAUACGUCCAAUUCCUUCAUGAGCUGAAUUUUCCAGUUGCUCAACCUCUUCAAGACCUGGUUCUGUCACCAGCUCAUCCUUCACUGGAACAAGUCCCUCCGCGAAGGGCUCCACAACAUCCUCCAUCUGUUCUGCGAAUCCCUGGGAACCUGCCUUGCUCCCUAUGGGGUUGUCCAGAGACGCAGUCACGGCCUCUCGCUGGGUCAUUACAGCCCUGGUAUCAAACAGCCGGUCAGGCAUUCCGAGUCCCGCCUUUAAUUCCAUGACUGUGUUCCCAGAAUCUGGCAGCUGUUCCCGGUAGUCAGUGCGCCAAGGCCUUGUAGCAGUAGCCUUUGCCAGCAGAUCUAGUUCUACGGCUCCUGGACAAUCAUUCAAAGUCUUUGUAACAAUACCAGAUGUCUCUGAAAUAUUUUGUUCUGCUACGCCAAUGUCAUCUACUUUGUCACUUCCGCCUUGGUCGGGCUUAGGUGCGGACGUGCCUAUCUUAUCACCACAGCUUGGUUCUGUAACUGUCGCUCUCUCUUGGCUUAGAUCAGAAGCAGCUACUUUGCCUUUCUUGUUUUGACUUCGUUUUGCCACAACUUCUCGGCCUUGCCUUUCUCUGCCAAACUGUUCAACAGCUGGUCGACAUUCUUGGGUAGCCUCAGCUACUAAACAGUGCACCGCAUUGCUAUACUCAGCUGGGGUGCUUUGCUUCUCUCUAUUAAGCUCAGCUCCUUUACUGUUGUCUUCUCUGACUCCCCAAGUCAGUCUGCUUUUCAUGCCUUUGACUUGUUCACUUGGGUGUACAUCAGGGGCUUCUGCUUCAUUUUUCUUUUCCUGGCUGUAUCCACUAGCUUUACUUACACCUUCUGGGUGGUUUUUGCUUACCACCAACUCUUUUUCAAAGACCUCUUUAUCACUACAUUUAGGCUCAAUUUCAUCCUUCUUGCCUUUUAAUUCCUGUUCUUUCUCUCCUGCGUGUUUCUCAACAGCACGCUUUGCUGCCUCCAUGCUUUUCAGCUUGCUGAAGACUUCUUCUACUGCCUCUGUCAUCCCAUGCAGGAUGUCAGUAGCUUGGUUACUGGGUCCCUUGUCCCACGCUCCCUGCAGGGGGCAAUCUGCAAAACCUCAGUAAGGGCAGCUCUAUGCUCCUGCUGAGCGUCCCUCAGGUUCUUAACCUGUGCAGCCAGGAAACUGUUUGUGCCUUGUUGUUUAGCCGUUGCCUGUACCACAGCUCUCAGCAGGUCCUCCAUUAUAGCACCAAGCAGGUAACAGUCUUAAAGUUACAGUGCUACUUGUUUGCUUAACAGGUCUGCAAAAAUAAAAGUCCUCAAGCAGACUACCGAAUGACUGGCACACCCACAGACCCUCAAUGUGCUACUUUGCCCGCAUUCUCCACCAUAUUGUGAUCCUUGUCACCAGGUAGCACGGCCCUCUAGGGUAAAAACAUGCACAGUCCUUGUAAUUGCAUAUACUCAGGCACUUUAUUUGUAAAUCCACACAGGAUACAGCAGUAAAUGAAAAACAAAAGUAACAGAAAACCCUAUAAACAAACACCUAGCUCGUCUGAGCACUAACUGACAUUAGUUCCCUAUCUCUCAGGGUUAAACUAAACACAAUAUUGCACCAACCUUAUUAGAGAGCAACGCUCUGCUAUCUAACCUGUUGCUUUCCUUUCUGCACUCCCAGUGCUCCAAGCCAGCCUUGCCCUGACUGCUUUGCUUUCUGCACUCCCAGUGCUCCAAGCCAGCCUUGCCCUGACUGCUUUCCUUUCUGCACUCCCAUUGCUCCAAGCCAGUCUUGCCCUGACUGCUUCCUUUCUGCACUCCAAGUGCCUAGUCACCUUGACUAUCUGGAGAGAACAGCCUCUCUCUCCUACCUGCUUCCUGGGAGGAAGCCAGCAAUCCCUCUCUUUUACCUGCCUAGCAGGGAGGAGUUUAUUCCCACUGCAACAGUUCAUUAACUGCAGCUGAGCAGUGGGUUGGAGAUGAUCCAAAAAACCCUGGCCUGGAUCCAUGUCUCCCCAGAAAACCACUAAACUGUGGAGUGGAGCAUUGGCCCACCCUUCUCUCCAAAUGCUCCACCCCAGGGGCCCAUAACUAAACAAAGCUUUGUGUAACACACACAAACUACACAUACUCCCCCUGGGGUUAAAAGGCCUAUCUGCGUUCACUUUAUCACAAUAUAAAUAUAUAUAUAUAUAUAUAUAUAUAUAUAUAUAUAUAUAUAUAUAUAUAUAUAUAUAUAAUGGACUGUUUUUCAUUACGGCGAGUGUGAUGUAGAUCUAGAUCAAAUAAAAAUGAAGGAAAUAGAGGUCAGUAUUUAUCUCUCACAGUUGAAACAUGAAGGCUUUUGUAAUUUGCUCAUAUGAUUACAUCAAGCUUGUUUUUUCCCCCCAAAAGGUCAAGGUAGCCCCAAAGGCAAAGGAAUUAAACACAUCAAGAUAGAGCCAAUACCAGAGAAUGAGAUUCUGACUGACAACAACAACACAAAUUGGGUCUUAGGCACUCUCUUUACAAAUGGUGACAAUGGAGUCCUGUAUGAAGGUAAGAUGUUUUCACCUAUGAAAUUACUUAAAUAUAUACACUGCUUAACUUUAAAUUAAACUUUUUUUUUUAAAGCUCAGCGUAGGUGGUAUUUGGUACAACUAGAAUGGCCAAGAUAUCGGCACUUAACUCCCCUUUAUGUUGGAGAUGUUUAUCUAAGGAGGGAAAUAUGUUACAUAUCUUGUGGGGUUGUCCAAAAAUAAGUACCUUUUGGGAUUCAAUAUAUCUUUUUUUUUUUUUUUUGUCUCUUUUAAAUAUCAAAGUUAAAAAAUCCCCAGAAGCAGGUUGUACACUCCCAUGAGACCAAUUAAUAUUAACCAUCCAUUCUUUGAUAGCAGUGAAAGUACUAAUUGCUAGAUUUUGGAAACAGACAACAACGCCAGAUAUGAAAUAGUUUACAGCCCAAUUGACAUUUCAAUUGGAAAUGGAGAGAGGAGUCGCAUAUUCAAAUAAUAACAGUAAAUAUAUACAUCACUUGGAUAAAUGGAUAACAAUGGUUAAAGAGUGUUUUCAUUAAUGAUGUAUCUGAUAAUACAUGUUUACUUUCUAACAGCCUUUCUUUAGUUCUUAUUCAGAUCCAACCAAUAACUGUAGAAUGAUUAUGUAUGUUUUAUGUCUUGUCAUGUGAGAAUGUAUUUGUCUUUCGGUAUUAAUCUUAUUGAAUACCGUUUUUUGUUUUGUUUGUUUGUUUUUUGACUUAAAAAUGUCAAAAAAAAAUUCAAUAAAGAGAAAUUUAAAACUAAAACAUAAAUUACUUAAAGGAACACUAUAAGAUCAGGAAUAUAAGCAUGCAUAGGAAAGUAUUGGAUUGGCUGAUAAUUUGAGCCAAGGAGGCGGGAUGGAGUUGCCCUGUCCAAUCAGCAUCUUUUUUGUCUUAAAUAGUUGCACUGUCAUUGCAUAAUAAAGAGGUGCAAGAGCGCCCUUUUGUCCAACAAAUAUUUAUGACCCUUUCAUGUUUGACAACCAUUAACAUGGGUUUUUUUUUUCUUAAUACUUUCUUUAUUGUUAACCUCUUUAUUCUAAUUAAAGAUAUUCAAAAAAAAGUUUUAGGUAAAUUACAAUGUGUAAUUUACAGAUUAAUGUAGUUGUUCUGAAGUCUAUAUACUGUCCCUGCCAGCUUUUCAAUGUAAAUACUGACUUUUCAGACAAAAGGUAGUGUUUACAUUGCUGUCUGGUAACACCUCUAGUGACAGUCACUCAGACGGCCUUAAGAACUCAUGACGGAAAGUUUGUCAUGCUGAUCCUACCCUUAAGGACGCAUGAUGGACAAUUUCCGUCAUGCAGUAUGUGGCGGAACCAGCCUCGCCACUGGGCAUUGGAGAAGACUGUUUUCCAGCCUCCUGCCCUGCGACUAUGGCCCUGAGAUGUAUUGCCCUUCUUGGAACUGAUUUGGGCAUAAUAGAUUUUUAUCCUGCUGCUGCUGGCCCUUUAAGAACCAUCUGGGAACAUACUGUGGAGUUACUGGGUGGCCACCAUUUCAUGUAUCAGAGGCACAUGGUGAGAACAGUGGAUGAAGCCCAUGGUGGGAACAAUGGAUGGCGGCCAUUUUAACUCACAGACACUGUUUGGACUUUUCUACACGGUACCAUCUCGCUGGUAUUUGGUGCACAAAGACAUUGUGCAGUAGUUUUAAACUAUACAACAGAGGAUACAUUUAACAGUAAUUAUUUUUCAUAUAGCCUGUAUAUGUUCUGCGGAAUCUGCAUUAAACCGUAUCUUCCAAACUACUGAACGGAUCUGGGUGAAUUUGGGAUAUGUGGUUCACCCAGAUCCCUCGGUUCCGAGGAUAUAUAUAUUUUAUGGGGUUAUUGCAUGUUUUGGGGUCCCUGUGAUAUGUUUUAUAAUACUGUAUUUCUCUGCCUGUGAUAAUUAUAUUAACCAUUGUGUUCAGUAAUCAUAUCACAGGCAGAGGGGAGGAUUUUGUGUGGGAGUGACUGAGUGUAUUGUACGGAUUGAUUGGUUGUAUUUCAAAACCUUGUGGGCAGUACUAUGUGGAUUGUGAAUAAAAGAGGCUGUAUGUGCCAGUACAGACAGUUCUGCUUGACCUCAAAACAAAGUGUCGUCUCGUUAUUGGGGGAAUUGGAUUGUAUGCUGAUUGCCAGGAGUGUAAGCUAAUUGUAUGCUUUUCCUGUUCAGCUGCUUACAGCAUUCAAUGCUUGAGAGCAUUCGUAUGCUUCUCCGGUUCGGUGGUUGUGGUGUCUGCUGCAGUGCUUGAAGCGCUAGGAGCAUCCUUCAACAGAGGUACCCAGUCGGGGUGCCAGGUGAUCCGUUACAUAGUAUUUUUCCAGUAGAGUAUAUUACCUUGCUGAUAACUAUGAGCUCCCCUCUCUCACCUGGGUCCAGAUUUAGUGGCCCUAGACUGACCUAUGCUCUGUUUGCAGAGCUCAAAGUGAGCACUGCAAACAAGCAUUUAAAUGGGGAUUUAAAUCCCCACUAUUACAAUUCGGUGUGAUGAGGGUUAAAUCACUGCUCACACAAGGGAGUUCCAGGUAUUAAUGGAAACCUGGGGCUCCCCUCUAUCAACUGGGGACAUUUUUAGUGACCCUGGCCUUUUUGAUGAGCUACAUGCAGUGCUGACAGUCAGCGCGGCAUGUAUCUGCUUAAAUAGGCAUUUAAAUACCUAUAUCUAAAUUGUGGUAUAAGCAGGGUUAAAUCCCUGCUCACACCAGGAAACCCAGGUAUCAUUAAAAAUCUGGGGGUCCCCUCUGUCAGCUGGGGUCGUUUUUAAUGUCCCCAGACUGAUAGUUGAGCUGCAUGCAGAGCUCAAAGUAAGAUCGGCAUACAGCUGUUAAAAUGCGGAUUUAAAUCCCCAUAGAGCACAAUGCAGUGUGAGCAGGGUUAAAUCUCUGCUCACACUAGGAAACCCAGGUAUCAUUAAAAAUCUGGGGCUCCCCUUUGUCAGCUGGGGUCGUUUUUAGUGGCUCCAGGCUUUUUGAUGAGCUGCAUGCAGAGCUGAAAGUCAGCACUGCAUGUAGCCCUUUAAAUCCACAAAGAACACUGCAGCUGAGCGAUCUAGCUCAGCUACAGUCAUUCUCUCGAGUGAUCUGGUGCUUGGGAGACCCCCAGGGUCUGAACAGACCCUGGAGGGUCACACUCUAUGCCCCAUUGCCAUUCUGAUCAGUUCUGGAAAUUUUCAGUUGCCCAGCACAGAUCGCAUUGCAUUGGGCAUAAUGUCUUUAAUGUAAGAGACAGGAGACUGCUAUACUGAGAAUAGCCAGUAGAUGACAACGUACCACUGCCUGUUUAAAAUCCCUUUACUAAUAUCAGUACUGGGAUUAAAUUAAGGAUUACAAUUACAUAGAAUAAGUAUUAGAUCUAUUAUCAGGUUUAUUAUUUUGGCUAUUAUUAAGUUUAGGUUUAUAACUAGAAAUGCUACAAUUUCUGGGGAAAUUGUGUGAAGUGUUCUUGCCUCCACUAGUAGUCUACAACUGGAGUGGGCAGAGUAACUGGGUGGAGUGGCUUGAAUAACUGUUGUGUGGUUGGAGUGGCUGGAGUAACUGUGGAAAGGUUGGAGUGUGGUUCACUCACUCUACAGCAAGGGCAGAGAAGAGCUUUCAAAUCCCUCGAACAUUCCACCAACUGCCAACAGGAACUAAUAGAUUCCAAAUAGGGCAGAGAAGAGGGGUUAAAAACAAACUGCUCCAAAUUGCUCACUUCACUGGCAGUUGCCAUCUUCAAACGGUCUUAUUUUACAAACUAUACAUCCUACAGUGAAGAGAUUUAUAUUGUGAGAAUCACAAGACCCAGACCUACAUUUUGAUGUACGUCUCUGAAAUAUUAAAAAUGAAGGCACAGUCACAGUUUGGAAAUUGCCCUUCAAAUUUGAGCUGGCUAGAGGGGAGUUUCAAUGAAUGUCAAUGGACGGCGUGCACCUGAUGGCAACCAAGUCUAGUAAAAAGACACUACAUCAACACGUUACCUUACUGCACAUGCAGACUCUGUAAGACCAAGAUGGCGCUUAUAGGCCUCACUCUCCCACCUCUAGCUCCAACGCUGGAGAUAGCCAGCAACGAUCAACUCCACCUCUGAGCCCUGCAACAGAUGCCUCAAUGCACACAAUGCUUAAUGAAUUAAAAACAUCUCUCCUUUAUGACCUCAUAAAAAUUGCCUCUGAUAUCCAAGCUAUUGGCGACCGAAUGGUGCAUUUGGAGGAAAGAACAGAGGAGCUGGCAGACACCUACUCUUUGCUAGAAAAGACAUUAAAAUCUCUGGAAGAAAAAGUGGCCGACCACAACAGGCGGAUCAAUAUACAGAUUCAUGGCGUUACUGAAUCAGUUAAACCUCAGGAGCUACCUCAAUAUUUGCAAAAUUGUUUAAAGGCUUAGGAGUGGUUAGUGUGAGUGGGGGAAUGGUAAAUCGGCUGUGUCAAAAAUACCACAUUUAACAAUUAAUGAGGAAGAGAUACUAUAGCAGAUACCAUGUAGUGACGGUAGGAUGGCUAUAUAUCUAAUAGGUAAACCAACAGGCUAUAUUUAUUUGCCAAAAAUUUAUUACCCAGAAACACUUAUAUCCAUCAAUAAAUGGCAGAAUAGUACUAAUAAUAUUAUCCAAAAUACAAAAAAUUGAUACCGCACUCAACAUCAAAAUAUAAAGAUUUAUUAGCAGAACAUUGCCAUAGACCUAAACACAACUCCAAUUUCUAUAUCACGAGAAUGAAGAUAUAUAAUCUUAAAGUGACAAGUGCCAAAAAAUGACCAAGUGCUUAAAAUGUGCCUAAAGUGGUAAUAUUGAUAAAAUACACUAUCAACAUUCCUAUAUGUACAAAUCUGUAUACCGCAAGAUCAAUCACAAGAGAAGUGAAUAUUCCUACGGAAAUCUCAUCCAGUAUACAGUAAUUCCUGCAGGAAAAUCUCAUUUGUAGUUCACUAGUUGCUUUGUGUAUAGUUCAUUACAUUAUGAAAAGAUAAUUCAUCAAAGAAUGAAUUUCAGCAGUGAUCAUAUUUGAUCUAACAUACAUUGGUUGUACUGUAUAGCAUAGUAAAACAUGUUUGCAGCACAAGAAUUCAACUUAGCAAAAAGAUGAUAACAAGCAGGGAAUAUCUCCCUAUAUUGCAAAAAAAUUUAUAUACAUCUGAAUUAUUUUAUGUGCACAGAUGGUAUAUAAAAAAAUUGUUUAAAAGAAAAAAAAAUCCGGCCACGCAUUUCGGUGCUAUGGAAGCACCUUCGUCAGGGGAGCAACUUUCAAAAACCAUUCUGCACCAUAGUUUUGCUGAUAGUUUAUAACUGAGGUGUACCUGUGCAGACAAAAGCAACUGAGCUAUAGCUGCAGGUAUAUCUGGAGCUGAUUUAGGAGCCUUAGGGACAGCUGAUCUGCCAGUCAUCAAGCUAAUAGCACCCAGUGCUCCUUGUGACAAAAUGCCCUAGAUACUUUCGGUUUAUAUAAGUUUUUAUGGCACUCUAUUAACCCCUUAAAGACACAUGACAUGUGUGACAUGUCCUGAUUCCCUUUUAUUCCAGAAGUUUGGUAGACCACUAUAUUUACAUUCAAAAUAUACAACUGCUUGAAUUGGGUGACUGAUUACCUUGUAUUGCUUAGGUUUUGCCUUAGAGCCAUAUGCCUUUUUUCCUCUAUAAUAUCAACCUCUUACCUUACAUUUGGACAAGUCAACACCUUAGCGAAUCUCUCCCCUUUUUAUAAUUUUUUUUCCAUUUUUUGGUUCAAUAGAAGCCCAUUAAUCUAAGGUUGAUCCAGACCAGAUAUCCUGACGGCUUAUUUGAAAAUCGAUUAAUAUAAUAACGGCUUGUAUUCGAGAGACUUUAUGCCAUAACAGACUAAUACCAUUAGUACUAUUCUGCCAUUUAUUGACGGAUAUGAGUGUUUCUGGGUAAUGCAUUUUAGGCAAAUAAAUAUAGCCUGUUGGUUUACCUAUUAGAUAUAGUCAUCCUACUGUCACUAUAUGGUAUCUACUAAAGUAUCUCUUCCUCGUUAAUUGUUAUAUGCUGUAUUUUCUUGUCAUAGCCUAUUUACCAUUUUUACCCCAAUGGGGAUCUCUCCUCAGGAGAUUAUCCCCAUUUUCUUUCUUUUCUAUUGUUUAAAGGGAAACUCCAGAUUGUUUUCUCUGCACUGCAGGUCCCCUCUCCCUCCCAAUCCCCUGUUGCUGAAGGGGUGAAAACAAUCCCUGUGAUUGCGUCGUGCCUAAUCAUUAAAUUCAUGAAGCACCAAUAUCCAAAAAGUAAUAAUCAAUACCUAAUAAGGUUUAUAGUGAUAUUGGCGGGCACACAACCCAGUUUGGAUAGAGUACAUUGAGUUAUAGUCAAGAGAAAUCACACAGAGACCAAGUUGAAUAUAAGAAUUCACACUACAGUUUAUUAUCCACAAAGGGAUCUAAGCAAAGUAAGUUUUACUCUCAUUUAAGUAGUUGCGUGCAUUUACUUUAAACAGCUUAGUAUCUAGAUAUAUCAGCUUAAGUAUACAUCACCAUUAGAGAAGCUUGGUUGUCUUCUGGCCACACAUGACUGGGGGGGAACUCAGGCAGUCACUCGGAGAGACCCUCUCUUCUGGGAACAGCAGAAACCAGUAACACGUGUCCGCAUUACAGGUGGGUAGUUCUCCAAGGGAGCGCAAGAUUCCCUUAGUCUUAUAUACAUGUCUUCAAGGACAGUUCGUAGUUCCUUAUCAGUGCAGCCCAGCAAAAGACCUUGAUACAAGCAGCUGGAUGGACUUGGCAGUUGGCCAGACUGUUCAGGACCACCAGAACUUGUGCCAAGUCUUGUGCGGUUAAUUAUCUCUUAUCUACAAGCUUUCUUUGUACUGUUUUUGAUGGCAACAUAAGUUUCUCAAACUGCUGAAGUGCUGUGUCAGCUUAUAGUGCUGUGUCAGCUUAGUAAACAGGUGUAGUGUUGUGUCAGCUCUUAAUAGCUGCAGCAUAAAGCCUUCAAGCCUGCAUCUAGUAAUAUGUGCUAUGUGUGCUUAUAUGCUUACCGGUGCCAUCUUAACUAUCUAUAAAUGUUUGAGUUGCUCAAUAGUGAUCAAUUAAUUAUAAUUAAUAUGAAAUAUUAUCGUCACAGGUGGGCGAGACUGAUCCCGACCACCGGCCGGGGAGACCUAAUGCUUUUCAGUGUUUUCCUAUGGGGAAAUGAGCGACGCUGGAGGUCCUCACAAUGCAUGAGGAUGUCCAGCAAUGCUCUAGCACAGGUUUCCUGUGCUAGAAACCAGGAAGUGCCCUCUAGUGGCUGUCUAGAAGAUAGCCACUAGAGGUGGAGUUAACCCUGCAAGGUAAUUAUUGCAGUUUAUAAAAAACUGCAAUAAUUACACUUGCAGGGUUAAGAGUAGUGGGAGUUGGCACCCAGACCACUCCAAUGGGCAGAAGUGGUCUGGGUGCCUGGAGUGUUCCUUUAAUACCAUCCUUGGAAGACCCUGAAAUCCUCCUGGUUCUAAUACAUAGGCUCCCAAUGCCUUAAGCAUCUGUAUUCUAAAACACCUAGAGAAGUGAUCACCAAAGUGUACUACUUCACUGUGAGACCGCAUAAUGCAAGCAUUCAGGCUUACCAAACCUUUACCGGAGAAGUUUGCAAAUGUAAGCUACUAUGCUUAAACUGUGCACAUUUGCACCCAUCUCUUCGAGCCAUGAAUAUCCAGUAGAAAUGGUGAUUCUCUGCCAAAAUGCUGGUUAAAUGGAAUGGAGUUGACAAGCCUAUCUUUAUACUUGUCAGAACUUAAUUAUCGGCUUCUCCGAUAAUCCAACACUUCCGGGUUCACAGACCAAUGACACGCCCCCUUCUCUGACGCGGCUUCCUAAUGCAACUUAGAGGAACCGCGCCAGAUUCAAAGUGGUGGGUUAUUUUGAAGCUUCCUGAACUUCAGACCGGUAACAAACAAUCUCUCGCUAAACUUCUGAACGUGUACCGAACCUGGACUGUUCAUAAUGUGGAUCUCCAUCCUCCUCCUAUUGACCUUGGAUUAACUUUGGAAUACUUACUGCUUUGUGAACCCUUCCAAGUAACAUCAAGUUAUAUAUUUGGAUUAAUCCUCCAACUGGCACUUCAAUACUUACUGCUUAAUUAUUUUCCGUGCCUCCUUAGUUCAAUUAGCGGACAAGCUAUCUACAUAUUGUAUUCUUUAAAGCUACAGGAACUCUCUCAUCAAACGCUCUACCUAUUGUAUUCCUUGAAGCUACAUGAACUAUUUUCAGCAAACUAUCUACAUUUUGUAUUCCCUAAAGCUACAGGAACUCUCACAUCAAACUCUCUACAUAUUGUAUUCCUUAAAGCUACGGGAACUCUUCUCAUCAAAACCUCUACAUAUUGUAUUCCUUAAAGCUACAGGAACUCUUCUCAUCAAUCUACAUGAACUGUUAUCUUCAAACUAUCUUCAUAUUGUGUUCAGUAAAGAUUCAUGAACUGUUUUCAUCAAAUUAUCUUCAUAUUGUAUUCCUUUAAAUUACAAGAACUGUUCUCUGCAAUCCUCCUUCUCGUAAAACUCCUUAAUAAGGAAUUGUUCCAUCUAAAUUCUAAUUACUAUUCUAAAAACCCUAAGGGUUCUCCUAACUAUAUUUCUGCAGUUGUUUUCCACUCCAAAUCCAUAGGAAACAUAACAAUACUGGAAGACGGUAAAAGACUGAUCCAGGUAUGGAACAUCUCUAUCCACCCUGAUGAUCCUUCGAAGUCUCCUAGCAAGUCUUCAUCCAAGAAACUUACUAAGGACUGGCUAACUGUCCCACGGUCCCUUAUAAUAUCCUCUGACUGCAGAAUCUCCACAACCUGAGCAGAAGUUAUGGUCAAUCUUACUAACUGAUUCUUUGAGUUUAAGACUGUAUUCACCAAUAAUGUAAUGCAUGUUAUGUUUUAAACCACAAUCGGAUGAUGAUUAAUGUUAAUUUUGCAUUUUUAUUGAGCUACACACUAUCUUCAUAUUGUGUUUUCCUAAUUUUUAUGGCUAUAUUCACUACCCCUGGGAGUUAAAACUAAUUUACCGCUGUUUUCUUGACAAUUUAUGGCACUUAUAUGUGGUAAAUGGAGUUUUGUACAUAGUUACUUUUAUUUUAUUCCUUUAUGUUGACAAUUCUCUGCCAUUCUCUGCAUUACGUAAUAACCCAUGUGGUCCACUAUAUCAUUAGUACACCAAUGAGCUUUUAUUGCUUUAUUAACACUGUCCAAUCACUAUGGUCCUCAAGAUCUUUUCUUUAAAUGCAAACGGGCUUAAAUCACCCUCCGAGACACAAAACAAUGUGGUGUCCAUAUUGUCAUUUUUCCAGGAGAUGCAUUUUAAAUGGGGUUACAGACCAAGGUUCAAUUCACCCUGGUUCUCUGCCAAUUAUUAUGCUUGCUACUCUACCAAAAAACGUGGGGUAUCUAUUCUAGUAGGAAGAGCUGUAACAUUCUCUUUAGUUUGCCAAAUUAGGGAUAAAAAAGGAAGAUACCUUACUAUUCAGUGUGUUAUCAAUAACCGCUCUAAUGCUAGUCUUGGUCCUUUUAUGAGGGACUAAUUCUGGAUUGCGUGCCGCAGGCCAGGCCACCAGGCUCUAGGGAGCAUUUACAUAGAUGCAGACUAACGCCCGGUGGCAUCAAUCUUUCGCACACCACGACCACAGAAAGCCGCCACCCACCCAUUUAAAAUCCAGCAGCACAAGGACGCAUUGCUCAAUCGCUCCUGCCCAUUGCCCUGUACUCGGGGUCAAGUGGGCGGGAGGAUAGCGCAGCUGAGAGCGAGGCUGCAAGGCGCACCGAGGAAGCCUGGGACACAUGAAGUGCCAAUAUGAAAUUAAGAUAAGAGGGGGACUUCAUAGUAUGUGUUUUAAAGAGUGUGUGUCUGCCUGCUUCAGGUGGUAUGUGUGUCUCCUUGGGACAGUGUGUGUGUAUCUGCUAGGGACAGUGUGUGUGUGUGUUUUUUUUCUCGGUAUGGUGUGUGUCUACUGGGAGCAAAAGACAAAGUGUGUCUGCUUGAGUCAGUGUGUGUGUGUGUGCAUUGGUCACUAAUUGUGAUUGUGUGGAACAUUGAGUGUGUGUAUGUAUGUGUAUCAGUGAUUGCAUUUGGGCAAAAAAGGACCAUUUACUUAAAAAAAAAAAAUCUAUACUUUUAAAAGAACACUAUAGUGUUAAGAAUAUAAACCUGUAUUCCAAAUACUAUAGUGUAUCUGUCCCUACUUGGAUUCAAAUACCCCCCCCCACCAUAAAAUUAUUUACAAAUAAAUAAAAGGGAUGGGGGGUAUUUACUUUUAUUUACGUUUUUCAAUCACCAAGACUCCAUCUGCACUGCUUGCCUCCUUACCUCACUUAAUGUCACUGAUAGGACAACACUGGUCCACUCCAAUGUUCCUCAUACAGGACUAAUGGGGACCUGAUGUGCAUAAGUGGCAAGCUCUAUGCACUUUCAACCACGGAGGUGGCUCUCAGUGUGACAGCUACUAGAGGCAAAAAAUAAAUACAUUUUAAUUGUAGAUUAUGCUAACGUAGUGUACCUAUAAUCUUAAUUUUAAUAAUGACAGGAGGCGAAUAUUUUGCAUAACUUUCUUUACUUUAUGCCUCCAGCAGCACAAGUGAAUCAAUAAACUUUAAACCAAUCAGUAACAGGCAUCACAUCCAUAUAUAAAGCCCUGACAGACACAUGACUUCCUCUUUCUUUGAUGCGAAAAACAGUCUAUUAUAACGUCAGGGAAUUCAAAUAACAGUCCUGAGUAACGUGUAGCACAUAACUUGAAAUGAAACUUGAAACCUUCCAGCUUUAUCUCGUUGAAUCCAUCUAUGAUGAUUACGCUGAAAAAAAACAGAAAUACGUGAAAGGUGAUGGAAACCAACUGUUGUCCACAUUAAAUCCAGUACUAUACGUAUCUAUAUUUAUAUUAAGUUAAUAUACUGAAGCAUUAAACAACCAUAGUAUACUUAAUAAUCAACACGGAUCUAACACAUGUCAACCAGAUAAGCAUCCCAUAAAUAUACUGUAAUACCAAAACCUUAUAAUUACACUAUGAAAAUGACAAACCAGAAUAUUAGAAUUUUCCAGAGUAUAGGGAGGGAAACAGGGAAGGGAAAAGAUUCGCCUCCUGUCAUUAUUAAAAUUUAAGAUUAUAGGUACACUACGUUAGCAUAAUCUACAAUUUUAUCCCUGUAUUAGGCCAGGACAACUGUUUGUCCCUCUUUGCUGAUUAUAUUUUUGUGGCACUCUUUGACCCCAUAUACUCCCUUCCCCCCCCUUUACAAGAGGAGCACUGUACUCAGACCACUUCAAUUAGUAGAAGUGGUCUGGGUGCCUAUAGUGUCCAUUUAAAAGAUAUGAAAAUUUCAAUAAAAAGUAAAUAUUAAAAUAAAAUAAAAAAUUGAUGUAUCACAUAAUAGUUUGAGCUAACGUAAUUAUUCUUUUUAUUUAAAACAGCUUACCGAACUUCGGCAACUUCCAAGAAACAGCAUUUCCUUCUUAAACUGGUGAGUUAUAUUGGUAACUUAAAGCGGCACUGUGAUGCCGAACUUACCUCUCUUUAACCUAUUCCUCUUCUCUCCCUCUCGCGGAGUCUGUUGUUCUUUUCGUCCUAUCUGCUCUAGUUUUCUUUAAAACAUAAGACAAAGUAGGGACUAUUUGUCUUAUGGAGGUUUUCUACGCCUGACCAUCUCUGACCAGCGGAGGAGCAAAGUGUGCUUCAUUUCCGGUGGUCAGAGAACAUUUCCCACAAUUCUUACCUUUCCUCCGUGUUCCCGCGAUGCUUCCUUUCACUUUUCCUGAACGUCCUGUCACUUAGACAGAACGCCGGUGAAACUGCCGAAUUGCAUCCAACAGAAUGAGAACAGUUUGUUCAUUCGAAUGAAUGAAACUCUGAUCCUAUUCGUGCCGCGGCUGCAUCUUGCAGCCGCUUAGUAGAUAACUCCCUAAUUCCCACGGUAUUAGGGAGCUAUUUACCAAAAGGCUGAAAGACCUAAAUUGGUCUUUCAGCCAAAUUUACUAAUACUAAGUAAACAUUACUCAGUAUUAGUAAAUAAUCUGCCCCUACUUGCUAUACUGCGAGUAGGGGCAUGUCUAGUAAACAGUGAGCUAAAAACCCCCUUACCGAUCCCACUGGGGGCUCUUAAACUGAAGGGGGGACCUAGAUCCGGCCCCCUCCCAUGAGCUGAGCGUCGGUUGGGGGCCCUAAAUGAGAAUGUGUGGGGGGGCAUAAAUAACAAUAAGGGUGGAGGCCAUAAAUAACAAUAAGGGGGGGGAACCUAUUGUCCUCUCCCACCCCUGAGCGGUGGGUGGGGCCAUAAAUAACAAUAAGGUGUGCAGCUAUUGUCCUCUUCCCCGGCCCCCAACCCUGAGCGGCGGGUGGGGGCACUAAAUGAGAAUGAGGAGGGGACCUGUUGUCCGGCCUCCACCCCUGAGCGGCGGGUGGGGGCCAUAUAUAACAAUAAGGGGGUGGACCUAUUGCCCCCACCCCUGAGCGGCAGGUGGGUGCCAUAAAAACAAUGGGGGGGACACCUAUGGUGCUCCCCCGGCCCCCACCCCUGAGCAGUGGGUGGGGGCCCUAAAUGAAAAUGGCCCCCCCCGGUUGACCAGGGGUCCCCAAGUCCCUAGUCACCCCUACAUACCCCCCUCACCCUAAAAAUAGUGAGGGGCAAAUAAAAGAACUAAGUACCUGUAAAAAAACAAAAAAAAAAACUUACCAUUUGAUUCUUUUUUUCUAAAAUCUUAAUUUUUCAGCCCCUAAAAAGGCCAAAUAAAAACCAUAAUACCCGUCGAACUUGUAAUAAAUAAUAUAAAAAAACCUGAGCGCAAACAAACAAAAUCUGACGAAAAAGAAAAAACCUGACGCUAAAAACAUAAUCCAUCUUCACCCAUGAAGGGCACGGUGCAGACUGAGCUCCGCAGGGCGGGGAAAGGCUUAUAAAGCCUUCCCACACUCUGCAAUUUCACUCAGAGCACUCUGAUUGAUUGGCUUGAAAUCCAACCAAUCAUAGUGCUCUGUGUCAUGUUACACAGCGUGGGAAAAUUCCAAAGAACUUUCCCACGCUGUGUAAAAUGACUAAGGACACAAAUUGUUAUAAUUGUGCUACAUUACUAACACUUAGUUCCAGUAUAUUUUUAUCUGAUAUAACUAUUUAUGGUUGGCAUGCCUGAAUAAAUUAUACUGUACUGGCCAGUAAGUAUGUAUGUGUAUGUAUAAUGCAUAUGCAUAGUGACAAGAUUCAUACUUUGCAAUAUAUUGCAAAAACACUGUCAAGAAUGAAGCAGGACAAUUUUUUUAGCUAUUUCUGUUUGGGGAAAAACACCCCUGAGCGGCGGGUGGGGGCCAUAUAUAACAAUAAGGGGGUGGACCUAUUGCCCCCACCCCUGAGCGGCAGGUGGGUGCCAUAAAAACAAUGGGGGGGACACCUAUGGUGCUCCCCCGGCCCCCACCCCUGAGCAGUGGGUGGGGGCCCUAAAUGAAAAUGGCCCCCCCCGGUUGACCAGGGGUCCCCAAGUCCCUAGUCACCCCUACAUACCCCCCUCACCCUAAAAAUAGUGAGGGGCAAAUAAAAGAACUAAGUACCUGUAAAAAAACAAAAAAAAAAACUUACCAUUUGAUUCUUUUUUUCUAAAAUCUUAAUUUUUCAGCCCCUAAAAAGGCCAAAUAAAAACCAUAAUACCCGUCGAACUUGUAAUAAAUAAUAUAAAAAAACCUGAGCGCAAACAAACAAAAUCUGACGAAAAAGAAAAAACCUGACGCUAAAAACAUAAUCCAUCUUCACCCAUGAAGGGCACGGUGCAGACUGAGCUCCGCAGGGCGGGGAAAGGCUUAUAAAGCCUUCCCACACUCUGCAAUUUCACUCAGAGCACUCUGAUUGAUUGGCUUGAAAUCCAACCAAUCAUAGUGCUCUGUGUCAUGUUACACAGCGUGGGAAAAUUCCAAAGAACUUUCCCACGCUGUGUAAAAUGACUAAGGACACAAAUUGUUAUAAUUGUGCUACAUUACUAACACUUAGUUCCAGUAUAUUUUUAUCUGAUAUAACUAUUUAUGGUUGGCAUGCCUGAAUAAAUUAUACUGUACUGGCCAGUAAGUAUGUAUGUGUAUGUAUAAUGCAUAUGCAUAGUGACAAGAUUCAUACUUUGCAAUAUAUUGCAAAAACACUGUCAAGAAUGAAGCAGGACAAUUUUUUUAGCUAUUUCUGUUUGGGGAAAAAAGCAAGUAAACAUCUUUUUAUUUGGAAGUAAUUUAAUUUAUAGUAUGCUUUUCUUCUCAGCAGCACUGUCACGCCAUACUUACCUUUCUCCUAUUGUUUCCUCUUCUCUUCCUCUCUCGUAAUCUUUUAUUUUUUCCCUUCUGAUCUAGUUUUCUUUAACCCCUUAAGGACAGAGCUUCAAAAGCUUGUCUUUCACUUAAUGACAACAGCAUUUUUUUCAUUUUUUGCUGUUUGCGUUCAACUGCAAUUUGCAUUUUACUAAUUUAUUGCACCGACACAUAUAAUAUAUAUUGUUUUUUAAAGGACAGAAAGUGCUUUAAUUUGAUGUAAGACAUAUAUAUAUAUUUUUUUGGUAGUUACAGGUCACAAAGCACAAGGAGUAAAAUAGACUUUUAAUGUGGAGCGAUUUUAGAAUUUGGUAUGUUUGUCUUGUAAGCUUAAUAGCCAUAAAAGAAAACAAAAUUGCCACACAAAAGUAUAUAUUUAUAUAAAGUAGACAUCACGGCUAUUUACCUAAGGUUGUUUUGACACUUUCUACGUAGCCAUUUCACCGCCAACCUCUGCUAAAUAUUGGAGUAAAAUUGUGUUUUUUUUGGUUUUUGGCACACAAACUUAUAACAAAGAAAUUCUCAUGUAUAUUUUGUAAAGUUGGUGUGUGCUAUUCCUGUACAAAGUUUUAUUUUGUGUUCAGUUACAUCUGCUGAGUAAAAUGACACCCCCAUUGUAUGUCUUUUGCACUAUUUCGUGAAGUUACAGUGCCAUACAGGAUACCUGUCCUUUUCAGUAUUCACAGUAGAAUUUUGAGAGAUGGGUUUAAUGAGCCUUAGCUUCCAUUUGGGGUAUUAUAACAGUUUGACUUUUUAAAAAAAACCCACAAAGGCCUACCAUUUGUAAAAGUAGACACUCCAGGGUAUCUCAUAAGGUGCAUAUUGUGCCUUAACAUGCCCCCAUUUUUUCACCAAUACAUGCCAAAGUAUGUGGUAAAAAAUAAUUUUUUGUGCAUUUUUUACAUACGGAUUGCAUUUUUACCCCACAAAGGCCUACCAUUUCUGGGCGUUUUGUAUAUUUCAUAUGCAUAUUCAUAUUUUGCAAACCUUAUGUGUGCUACGACUGUAUAAUACUUCAUAUGUUGCUCAGCUAUGUCGGCUGAGUACAGCAAUACCCCCGUAUGUACCUUUGCCAGGUAUGUGUGGACAUCGAAGGGGCACAUUUGGGACACAGCCAUUCCAGUUUUUUUCAAACUUUGAAUUUUUACGCUGUGCCUAUGUCCCAUUUUAGAGUAUUUUACCAGGCUAUAUAAUCCAAAUACCCCAUAAAGCCAUACCCAUUUCUUAAAGAAGACAUCCCAGGGUAUUUCAAAGGGCAUAUUUUGAACCUUAGCGUGGGAUCAUUUUUCCGCUAGCUUGUACCAAGUGUAGUGGUAAUAAGCAUUUUUUCUGCCUUUUUGACAUACAAAGUGAGUUUGCGCAGCAUAUUUUGCAAACCUUAUGUGUGCUAUGACUGUAUAAUACUUCAUAUGUUGCUCAGCUAUGUCGGCUGAGUACAGCAAUACCCCCGUAUGUACCUUUGCCAGGUAUAUGUGGAUGUUGAAGGGGCGCAUUUGAGACGCAGCCAUUCAGUUUUUUUCUAACUUUGAAGUUUUACGCUGUGUCCAUGUUCCAAUUUGGAGUAGUUUAGACGGUUGGUUAUUGAAACUUCCCCACAAACACAUACUAUUUAUUAAAGAAUACACCCUGGGGUAAUUCAAAAGGCAUAUUUUGAACCUUGGCGUGGGAUAAUUUUUUCUCUAGUUUGUUCCAGGUGUAGUGGUAAUGAGCGUUUUUAAAAUGUAUUUUUUAACUUUUUUUUACUUUUUACUUUUAAAAACUAGUUUUCAAACUUUUGUUUUGCUUAUUAAUUUUUUUAAACUUUCUUAAAACUUUUUUACAUAUUUAACAUUUUUCCAAGCUUUUUUUUUACCGUUAACCCCUAACUAGCAGUAAGCAGCACGAACAGUAAAUUCACCAUUUUCCCAUAACUCCCAUCCACCCCAGCUAGCAAAAUAUAUAGUUAUAAAAUAUUUAAAUUAAUUAAAUUGAACCCCUGAGGGUUAAAAAAUAAAAAAGUUAAUCCUCAGGGGUUAAAAAAAAUUAGAUCUCAGUAUAAUACUGUGAUCUGUAUUUGAUCGCUGUAGGCAGUGAUUGACUGGCAGGGAAGGGGUUACUUUUUAUUUGGACUAGGUAAAGGGGGGUGUUUUUUUUUAUUUUUUACUUAAACGUUAUUAAAACUUUUUUAAGCUUAAUUUUUAACUUUUUAAAGUUUAUUUUAAAACCUUUUUUAACAUUAACCCCUAGUUAGCCUAACGCCAAAUCCCCCAAUUCCCCACUAACUUCCACCCACCCCAGCUAGCUAAAUAUAUAAUUUUAAAAUAUUUUAAUUAAUUAAUUAAUUAAAUUUAACCCCUGAGGGUUAAAAAAAAAAAAAAAAGAAUUAACCCUCAGGGGUUAAAUAAAAAUAAAAUCAGAGCAUAGUAAAAUGUAAUCCCUGCCAAUUGAUCAAUGUAGUCAGUGAUCAAUUGGCAGGGAAGGGGUUAAUUUUUUAUUACAAUGGGUAAAGGAGGGUGGGACUUUAUUUAACUUUAUUUUUUUACAGCAGGGGUCAGGAUCAUCAAUGUUCCGGCUCCCUGCACUUCACACAGAACCAGGAAGUGCAGGCGGAAGGUAAGUAUACAGAGCACAUGUGCUAGACAGCCUGACCGGGUGCUCCCGGUAUGCCUCUAAUGCAGAGGCAUACCAAAGCACCAUUAACACCGCGAUCGCAGCAAUCCGGGGUUAAUUUUACCGCUGUGACGGACCUUGUCCGUCACCCGUCAUUAACGGGUUAAAACCUGAGACAAACUAGGGAUUUUUCAUACCCUUGACUUUCUUUGGCUUAAGUCAGUUCCAUUUCCAUUUCCUAUGUCAAAGAAAGUUUUAUAUUCACCCUGCUCCGUGUUUCACUUUGAUUAAUUUGCUAUGUCCAAACGUCCUGUCAUUUAGAUAGGGCACCGGCGAAUUGACCGAAUGUGCGCAGUUUGUCAAUUUGCGUUUGCAUGAAAUUCGUUUACUAAAUUGGUUAAGAAUUUCAUUCAGAGAAUGAAUUUCCGAUCUAAUCAGUACUGCGGCUGCAUCUUGCGAAAGUUUAGUAGAUAGCCCACUAAUUCCCACAAGGAUUAGGGAGCUAUCUACUAAAAAGUUGAAAGACCAAAAUUGGUCCUUCAGCCAACUUUACUAAAACUAAAAAGAUUUUAACCAUCCUCAUACUUUUAGUGGGGUGGGCUUAGGAAGCUUCAAUUCUUACUCGUGGCUCCCUCCUUGUAAUAAACUAAAUGAACAAAAACCAAAUUGAAAUUGGGUCUUCGUUCUUUGCAAUUUCUACUCGUCUGACAAAUGAACGAAUAGCCGAAAUUCACAUCCAAAUUUCAGAAAAUAGUGAAUGCCCAAGUGUUCAACUGGGCAUGCACAGAAAUGUCACAGUGAUAUCUAGUGUGGACAGGUGAUGCAUCCCACAGGGCAGCGCCUAGGACCAAGAUCCGGGCAAGAAAUAUAUAACUAUAUAUAAGGUAAAAAAAUGUGAAAUGGGGGACCAAAGGGCAUAUGGGAGUUCCUAGGAAGACAAUCAAAUGUAGUGGAGUCGGGACAGAGCCCCCUCUGCAAAUUAGGCCCCAUGUGAUCGCUCUGAAUAUAUAUAUAUAUAUAUAUAUAUAUAUAUGUAUGUAUAUAUAUAUAUAUAUAUAUAUAUAUAUAUAUAUAUAUGUAUAUAUAUAUAUAUACACACACACACACACACAGAUGAUACCCGAAAAAUUUGAAUAUUGUGCAAAAGUUUUUAUUUCAGUAAUGCAACAUAAAAGGGGAAACUAAUAUAUGAGAUAGACGCAUUACAUGCAAAGCAAGAUAGUUCAAGCCGUGAUUUGUCAUAAGUGCGAUGAUUAUGGCUUACAGCUCAUGAAAACCCCAAAUCCACAAUCUCAGUAAAUUAGAAUAUUACAUGCAAUCAAUAAAACAAGGAGUGUACAUAGAAUAAUAUCGAACCUCUGAAAUGUAUAAGCAUGCAUAUGGACUUAGCACUUGGUUUGGGCCCCUUUUGCAGCAAUUACUGCCUCAAUGCGGCGUGGCAUGGAAGCUAUCAGCCUGUGGCACUGCUGAAGUGUUAUGGAAGACCAGGAUGCUUCAAUAGCGGCCUUCAGCUGUUCUGCAUUGUUCGGUCUCAUAUCUCUCAUCUUUCUCUUGGCAAUGCCCCAUAGAUUCUCUAUGGGGUUCAGGUCAGGCGAGUUUGCUGGCUUAUCGAGCAUAGUAAUGCCAUGGUCAUUGAACCAGGCUUUGGUGCUUUUGUCAGUGUGGGCAGGUGCCAAGUCCUGCUGGAAAAUGAAGUCAGCAUCCUCAUAAAGCUUAUCUGCGGAAGGAAGCAUGAUGUGCUCCAAAAUCUCCUGGUAGACGGCUGCGUUGACCCUGGACUUAAUGAAGCACAGUGGACCAACACCAGCAGAUGACAGUGCUCCCCAAAUCAACACAGAGUGGGGAAACUUCACACUGGACUUCAAGCUUCUUGCAGUGUGUGUCUCUCCAUUCUUCCUCCAGACUCUUGGUUUCCAAAUGAGAUGCAAAAGUUGCUCUCAUCAGAAAAGAGGACUUUGGACCACUUAACAACAGACCAGGUCUGUUUUUCUUUAGCCCCAGGUAAGACACUUCUGACAUUGUUUGUUCAGGAGUGGCUUGACAAGAAAAAUACGACAUCUGAAGCCCACGUCCCGGAUCCGUCUAUGUGUGGUGGCUCUUGAUGCACUGACCCCAGCCUCAGUCCACUCCUUGUGAAAGUCCCCAACACAUUUGAAUGGCCUUUUCCUGACAAUCCUCUCCAUGCUGCGGUCAUCCCUGCUGCUUGUGCACCUUUUUCUUCCAUACUUUUCCUUCCACUUUGGGAACAUCCAACUUCCUUCGCAAUUACCUUUUGAGGCUUUCCCUCCUUAUGGAGGAUGUCAAUGAUGGUUUUCUGCACAACUGUCAGUCAGCAGUUUUCCCCAUGAUUGUGAACCAGACUGAGAGACCAUUUAAAGCAGUGGUUCUCAAACCAGUCCUCAAGACCCACUAACAGUCCAGGUUUUGUUAGUAUCCCCAUUAGAAUAAAACAGGGAAAUACAUAAAUCCUGGACUGUUGGUGGGCCAUGAGGACUGGUUUGAGAAACACUGAUUUAAAGGCUCAGAAACCCUUUGCAGGUGUUAUGGCUUAGUUAGCUGAUUAGAGUGGGACACUGUGAGCCUAGAAUAUUGCACCUUUUCAGAAUAUUCUAAUUUACAGAGAUUGUGGAUUUGGGGUUUUCAUGAGCUGUAAGUCAUAAUCAUCGCACUUAUGACAAAUCACGGCUUGAACUAUCUUUGCAUGUAACGCGUCUAUCUCAAAUAUUAGUUUCCCCUUUUACGUUGCAUUACUGAAAUAAAUGAACUUUUGCACAAUAUUCUAAUUUGUUUGAAUAUCACCUGUGUAUGUGUGUGUGUGUGUAUAUAUAUAUAUAUAUAUAUAUAUAUAUAUAUAUAUAUAUAUAUAUACGAAAGUAACUUUGCCACUGGCUUUUGAAGCGGCCUGUUUGCCAGCCUCCUAUCCUGUGACUAUGGCCCCUGCAAUAUACCUGGCUAAAAUACUUUAAAAAGGCUCUGUUAGUGCAAUUGGGACUAUAUGGUUUGUUUACCGAACAGCCGCACGAACUGGAGACCACCCUGGAGCUUGUUGAGCCUAAUUAAUAAAUUGUUGCAAUUUCCACUGCAGUGGUCUGUGUUCGUCUGGGUAGCUGCAAUUCCUAUGGACGACCACGAGGUGGAAGCCAUCUUGUUCGCAUGGACCAAAACCGCGAAUCGUCUUUAGGGGGACUUAGCCGCGAAUGCCCUAGAACUAUUUUUGGCAUGAAAACUUUGCGAUUCCCGGUCUGUCCUCCAGCAGCACUUAGCCGCGAUUCUAUGGAACUAUUUUCGGCUAUGGGACCAUGCCUGCGGUCGGUCAAAUAAAUCACUUCCAGAAAAUUCCUGAACUGAUCUGGGUGAUUUUGGGAUAUGUUGGUCACCCAGAUCAGAGCUAUCAGGGAUGUAACAUUUGUGGGGUUUUACAUAGAAACCUUGAAUGUGACGGCAGAUAAGAACCAUUCGGCCCAUCUAGUCUGCCCAAUUGUUUUGAAUACUUUCAUUAGUUCCUGGCCUUAUCAUAUAUAGCAUAUCCCACGCAUGUUUUAACUCCUUUACUGUGUUAACCUCUACCACUUCAGCUGGAAGCCUAUUCCAUGCAUCCACUACACUCUCAGUAAAGUAAUACUUCCUGAUUAGUGAUGUCCCGAACUGUUCUCCGAACGGUUCGCCGCGGACUCAUCAUUGAGUAAACUUUGACCCUGUACCUCACAGUCAGCAGACAUAUUCCAGCCAAUCAGCAGCAGACCCUCCCUCCCAGACCCUCCCACCUCCUGUAGCGGUGCAGUACGGCUUUUGGGAAGACCAAUAGACGAACGUCUGAAGCCAUCUUGUUCGCAUGGACCAAAACCGCGAAUCGUCUUUAUGGGGGACUUAGCCGCGAAUGCCCUAGAACUAUUUUUGGCAUGAAAACUUUGCGAUUCCCGGUCUGUCCUCCAGCAGCACUUAGCCGCGAUUCUAUGGAACUAUUUUCGGCUAUGGGACCAUGCCUGCGGUCGGUCAAAUAAAUCACUUCCAGAAAAUUCACUGAACUGAUCUGGGUGAUUUUGGGAUAUGUUGGUCACCCAGAUCAGAGUCAGGGAUGUAACAUUUGUGGGGUUUUACAUAGAAACCUUGAAUGUGACGGGAUAAGAACCAUUCGGCCCAUCAAUUUUGCCCAGAUUGAUUUUGAAUACUUUCAUUAGUUCCUGGCCUUAUCAUAUAUAGCAUAUCCCACAUGUUUUAAACUCCUUUACUGUGGACCUCUACCACUUCAGCUGGAAGCCUAUUCCAUGCAUCCACUACACUCUCAGUAAAGUAAUACUUCCUGAUUAGUGAUGUCCCGAACUGUUCUCCGAACGGUUCGCCGCGGACUCAUCAUUGAGUAAACUUUGACCCUGUACCUCACAGUCAGCAGACAUAUUCCAGCCAAUCAGCAGCAGACCCUCCCUCCCAGACCCUCCCACCUCCUGUAGCGGUGCAGUAUGGCUUUUGGGAAGACCAAUCAGGAGAGGGUUACAAUAAUCCAUGCAGGAAAUUACUAGAGCAUGGACAAGCUCCUUGGUAGUAUCUGGUGCAAGAAAGAGGCGGAUGCGGGCUAUGUUUUUAAGAUGGAAUCUGGAUUUGACAACAUGCUGUAUGUGAGACUCAAAGGUGAGGCCAGAAUCAAGUAUGACGCCAAAACAGCACGCUUGCAAGGAUGGACUGAUGUGGGUACCACAAACUUGAAGGGAGAGCGAAAGAGGUGGAUCAGUAUUAGGAGGAGGAAAGACAAGGAGCUCAGUUUUAGAGAGACUGAGUUUCAGAAAGCGGGAGGACAUACAGUCAGAGAUGGAAGAAAGGCAAACAGUGACACGUUGCAGGAUGGCAGAGGAGAGGUCCAGGGAGGAGAGAUAACUGGGUGUCAUCAGCGAACAGGUGGUAGUGGAAUCCAAAAGAGGUAAUAAGUUUGCCAAAGAGGCAGUAUAAAGAGAAAAUAGAAGGGGACCAAGGACAGAGCCUUGGGGGACUCCAACCGAGACAGGACGAGGGGAGGAGGUAUCAUUAGAAAAAGAGACACUGAAUGAGCGUUGGGAGAGAUAAGAGGAAAACCACAAGAGGACAGAGUCACAGAGACCAAGCGAUUAAAGAGUUUGAAGAAGGAGAGCAUGAUCAACGGUGUCAAUGCCUGGGCUUUAAUGCCGUUAGAAAAUAUUGGCACAUCCUAAUGUUAUAGUGUCUCCCUGCUCUCACCAGGCAGAUGCAGGUAUCACUUCAGUUCAUCUCUAUCAGUUAGGGCAAUAUUUAGUGGUCCCACACUGACAGAUGUACUGUAUGAAGAGCUCAAAAUGAGCACUGCUUACAGCCCUUUAAAUGGGGAUUUAAAUCCCCGCAGUUACAACUUGGUGUGAACAGGGUAAAAUCCCUGCUCACAAAAGGGAGGCCUAGGUGCUCUCCUCUUCCAGCCGGAGCCUUUUAGUGGCCCCAGACUGGCAGAUAAGCUGUAUGCAGGGAUAAAAGUGAGUGCUACAUACAGCCCUUUUAAUCUAUUUAUAUCUAAGCGGCUGAGUCCAAUUGCACUCAGCCACUGUGUUUCUAGGACUGCAUGCUGUCUAAGGGAGACCCCAGGAUAUGGAAGACCCUGAUAAUAUCUUGCUGCAUAUCCCCAAUGUGAUCCACAGAGGCAGCAUGCCAGCGCUACAUUACAUGGAGAUCUUCCUUUCAUGGUGAAAACAGCCAGUAGAUAAGUUACAAACCACUCACUACUCUUUUAGCUUAGAAAGUCAGCAGUUUGCUCUCUUACCUGGGUCCCCGGCAGUCGCUAACUUCCAGUGGCCAGUGAUGUGCAUCACGCUUCUGCAGAUCCCGCCAGCCAUUCAUUAGCUGAGAGCGUUUCAGCAAGUGAAUGCAACUCUGUACAAUGGAAUAUACUCAGAAUUAACAUUAGCCACCCAGAAUCUUGUUGAUGCCCCAAUAAUGUUGCCGGAGGUGGAAUUACAGCUGUGGCAGCAAGGGUGUUUCACUGCUUAUGUGUAGUGUUUCAUAGAUAGACGUCAAAUAAUUGGGGUGGUAAUGGUGCUUGAAGUAGCCUGAAUUUAUUGAAUAUUUGGAGGCUUUUUGUUUUUUUAUGUAUCAGUCAAGUACUUUAACCCAUUUUCCAGGUUAAUAGGGUUUUCUCAGCUAGUUUCAGCUCAACUUUGAAAAUAAUAUAGACAUUCAAAUAAACUGCAAGGACUAUAACAUAGCAUGUUUAAACUGGAGAACUGCAAGUUAGCUCACAAAUAUCUGGUGGAUUAAGUGCCACUCUAACUCUGCAGGCUCAGGAGGGAUCAGGCUUGUUUUGUGCAGUGGAUCCAAUAGACAGAAGUGUAAGUAUCCCAGCCGAAGACAUGGAACGCCAAUCUUCACAUUAAACUUUUAUAUUAAAAAAAAACAACAACUUACAAUUAUAAACAAAUUGAUAAGAGGCUUGCAGAUACUCCUGUUAGCACACUGUCGCUUCUUAUUGCCUCAGCGGCAUGUCCUGAGGCGCAACUGCUCGUGCAGUCCUGUGUCUGUCUCCUAUGCAGACUAGUUUCGCCGCCCUCCCGAGAUUUAUCAUAUGCUCUCAGUGGCCGCUGAAGGCAACUUUGGGGUUAAGCCGUUUGAAAACGGUUUAACCCCUGAAGGUAAGAAAGUGUCUAGGGGCCCCCUGGCACCUUAACAACUUAGUUUAGGUGAAAUUGUGAUGAUGCCUAUACGGUCUCUUUAACAGUUUUGGUUUGAAUUGAUACCACUGUAUCCUUUCUCUAAAGUGUAAAUCCAUAAUGAAAUUUUGGAAAUCUAAAUUUCUUUCGUUCAUGCUCAAGCCAAUGACCAUUCUGCAUUGUCAAUGCUUCUUACUCUAUUUAAUGUCAACUUUUGAUCCACAAAUUAGACGGAAGUUCAGAAAUCUGCAAUAAGUGUAUAGAUAAAAAUGUGUUAUUACUUGAAGUUUGUUCAGGUAAGACUACAUAGUGUGGAUGCCUGGAAUGACUGCACCCAAAAUCUCAUGAUUCCUGGUAUGUUUCUGAAUACCAAGAGAUAUGGCACACUGUGGUGUCAUUUCAAUGUGAUUUGUUUCACUGGAACAUGGACCUCCAAGCUUGUAGAUUUUACUGCUUUCUCAACAAAUGUGCAAUUAAGGUAGGCCUAAUUAAAGCAGCACUGUCACCAUCUGGGGGCUUUGUAAAUUUGCAGAGAUCCCGACGAUGACAUCACCACUGGAUAUUCCUCAUGGGCGUGGCCAUCUUUCUCUGGCAGGUCCUCUUCAGCUCCUUACUCUGUGUCAGUAUGUCUUUUGACUGGCUUGGAAUUUCAGUGAAAUUCCAACAUAGUCAAAAUUAGUAUUUCAUAAGGAUUCCAUCUUUAUAAAAUACUAAAGUUUCAAGGGGGUUGACAGUGCUGCUUUAAUGGAUAGUUGAAUAACUUUUUAUCUAUACAUUUGCUAGCUUCAUUUGUGGUUCAUGACAGGUGCAUUUUAACUGUAUCUACCAGGAUAAAUACAUUGAUAUAUAUUUAUGUAUUGUAAUUUGCUUGCAGUUGAUAAAUGGAAGAAGUCACAUGAUUAUUCAUUUCUGGGAAUACCUACCUGCAUCGCCUUUGGAUUGCAUAAAUACAAGCAACAGGACUACAGGUAUUCAGAUAUAAACAAACACACUAUGCAUUUUGAUCAAUUCCUUUCCUUAUAUUUAGCCUACUUUACAAUGUGUUUGCACAUCAUUUUGGGGUUGUUGUGGGAAAUACCUCCAAUUCUAACACCAGUUAGUAGUAGAGUGUAUGCAUACUCUAGAGAUUUUUUGAUAUAUUUAAGCAACCAGGUAUCACCUAUUGGCUACUAUAUUAUAGAAUUGGUUUUAAGUAGGAUAAAUAUAUGUAUGAAAUCCAUAUGUGUCAAAUGCACUCAUAUGAUAUGGAGCUGCCUAAUCACUCCCAGUAAACAGCGUGAAGUGUUAUAAUCCUCACUCUUGGUAUUUGAUUAGUGGCUGAGGUUCUCACAAUGGUGUUUAUUUAUUCUCACAAUGUGAAUAAAAAUGGAAAUAAAAUAUAGUGCUCACUGUAGUAUAAAAUAAAUUGGAAACGUAUUCACUAGAGUAGUGCAAAAUAAUGGUUUUGCUGAAUAGUCUGUGCUUAGUAUAAAUGUUACAGUUAAAGUGCAGAAAUCAGUUAAUGUGCACAUUACCUAGUUAAUCUGCAGAUUAACUAGGGCGAUCAGUUAAAGUGCAGAAAAUUUUCAUUUCUCAAAGAUUUCUCACAUUACCUACUAGGCACUAGUUAAAGUGCAAAUAAGAUCUUUUGCUGAAACAACAGCAACGUUUAAGAAGCAAGUUAGUACAAUCAAACGAGAAUCAAGUUAACAUAAUGUUAUUUAUUUAGCAACAAAGAAGCAAGUUUCUGUUACAAAACUACAACAGAAAGAAUCAAAUUAUUAAGGAACUUUUUCACAUUAACGGGACAGCAGCUGUUCAAUCUAAUUUUAGUGGAAUGCUAAAUUUGGAGGCAAUGAUCGCUCUGUAUCUACCUAAAAGAACUGAUUCAGCGUGCAGGCUUAGCUGACUAUUAAGUAGGUACAAAAAUUAUUAGAUGUUGCACAACCUUGCUAAUUCUGUUAUAACACAGUACUGAACCGAAGAGCAACAAUAUUAUUUAAAUGUAAAAGCAAGGGGCACCUUAACUAAAUAGUGCUAUUGGGUGAGCCUCAGUCAAUGAGUCAGUCUAGACUGAAAUCAACACCAAAUAAGUAUGAACGGGUCUGUUAAAAACCCUAUAGUUUAUACACCUCUUUUCUGUGUCUUCGAAGGCACCUUGGUAUUGAGGACCAGCCUAAACUGUCUGUCUCUCUACUAAUAUAGAGAGGGUUAACAGGAUACUUAUGGAUUUGGCACUGCUGAAUAAUCCACUGAUCUGUGCCUUCAAGAGCACCUAGGCUUGAGAUACAAGCCAAAGCUAACUGUCACCCAGACCUGUCACUAGGAUAAGAAGGGAGAUCCUUCCUUCUGCAUAUUAAUGAGUAGUGUCCAUAUUAUAGCACCUAGGCACUGCGAAACGAAACCCGCAAAACCAAGCCACAUGGAAACCUGCGGCAAAUUAUGAGGCGACGGCGAAACGACCGCAAACCUUUGCACAUUAACGGGACAGCAGCUGUUAAUGUGCACAUUACCUUGUUAAAGUGCGGAAAUAUCUUGAUUCCGCACUUUAACGUAGCAAAUCAGUUAAUGUGCACAUUAACUAGGUAAUGUGCACAUUAACUGAUUUCUCACUUUAACGGUAACAUAUAUAUUCCCCACCAAGGAAAAUGGUCUCUCAACUUCAGGAAAAAUCAGGAUGGUCCAGUAAAAAUGUGCUGAUUUUAUUCAUUUUAUUAACACUUCUUCAAGUAAAAAGAAAUGAGAUAAAAACAAUAUUGAAUAGUAACAAUGUGUUUCAUCCAAUUAGCAAGGCUUUCUCACUUAGACUAACAUUCGCACAUGAGUUUUUGUUGUUGUUCCCCCCACCUCUCCCGCAUAAUAAAUGUAAAAUGCAUGAGUGCACCCAUUCCACUGAUAGGGAAUUACUAAAAACGUGUCUGUGUCUGGUCCCUUACUCUCCUUUUACCUUACCUCACAUUCCCUCGCCAACUCCUCCCCUCUAUUCACAGAGGCGAAGAGCCAAUACACACCUCCCUGGUCUCCUUGCUCAACUUGUUCACUGACGCAAACUGAUAGCGGGUCUUUAUCUCUCCUUCCAAUGCAAUGCCACGGCUGGCAAAUCAGAGUAGAAACACCUCUCCACCUAGGCAUGGCGGAUGGGCAGAGAAUCAGAGAGUACCUGCCUCCUUCAGAGCACGCAUGCCGGCACACUGCCCUCUUAAAGGGAAAGAGGGGUUGUCCCAAGCAGGAUGUACAUAGGAGUGACUCGGGGGGGGGAGGGGGGGGGUGGAGCAUGCCUUUUCUCCCCUUUUUAACAGAAUUCCUCCUCUCCCUCCUUGCUCAGUUAUACUGUGCUUAUAAUGGUGUGCAUCUGAUUUCUGAUAUUUGACUCUUGCCUGUUUUACCAUUUAAGAACCUUUGCCACCUAACCUCCUGAGUUCCUAGCCACACUUUUGUCUAAUCCUCAUCUGUAUUGCUAUCUUGGUAUAAUUUUAUCCAGCUUCCUGCUGCAAAGUGGGCUCCAUCUACCAAACCUAACAGUGUUAUUGUGUACAGUAAUUCUUAAACAGGAUUGAAUGAUAGACCAGGGCCCUCAGGGCUAUGGGAUGUGAUUUACCUAAUUAUUAGGAUUUAAUCAUAGUUUAUAUUUAAAACAAACUGCUCAUAAAAUUAGUACUUUAAAACUAAUGAUUUUAUUAUAUAUUAUUUAGGUUUUUGGUGUUUCCUGCACUAGGAAAGAGCUUUCAGACCAUCAUUAACGAAAAGAAAGUUUUGUUAGAGAAAACCAUUUUUCAGAUUGUGUACAGAAUGGUAAGUAAAAAAAUAACAAAAAAGUGAGUGCACAAUGUUUAAACUUUCACUUACCCCUGUUUCUCAGGCGACAAACCCAGCUUAAAAUGAGCCACAAAAAGAGGGAGAAUGGUCUUUACUACAAAAUGACAUUCCAAAGGGGAUUUGUUUACUAAGCAAUGCAAAAUAUAGGUCCAAAUGGCAAAAUAUCAGUUUUCCCUACGUUUUGUGACUCAUUUGAGACACCAGAACUCUCUUUUAAGUGAACUCACUCCUAUGUUUUUUUAUGUGGCAGCAUGUUGUAUAUCUUUUAGAAAAAUUAUCCAUACUGCAACUUACAGACAUUCUUGGACGAUCACGUUGUUCAGGUUGUUAAUCUGAUAUAUUGUACUAUUGACUUCUGCAGGUAGAUAUUUUGGAAUACAUCCAUGCAAAUGAGUAUGUCCAUGGUAAUAUUACAGCCGAAAAUAUCUUUGUGAAUUUUGAUGAUUUUAAAGAGGUAAGAUAAAUAUUUGUUUGGUCUAAAAAAAAAAUAAUAAUUAUUAUUAUCCUGAUAUUACCGUGUGUACUUUCUUGCCGUUAAACCACAUUUACUAUUGCUAAGUACCCAGUUUCACUGAAAGGUAAUAUUUUAAUAUUCUGAUUUCAUUAUUGAUUAAACAAGUCAUGAUUUAAACUAUAAUUGCAGCCUUGUAAUCUUUUUGCAUUAGAGAUUCUAGUAUUAAAUGAAAACGUCUGUUUCAUCCAACCUGAAUUGGCUGUGAGUGCUUGGUCAGGUUAGCUCCAUAUAACCCAUUUAAAAGAAAAAGCAUAACAGAAAAUUGUAGAUUAUGCUAGCUUCAGUGUACCUAUAAUCUUAAUUUUAUUAAUGACAGGAGGUGAGUAUUUGCUUAAGUCUCUCUUUACUAGAACUCUACAGCAGCACAGAACAACAACCAAUCAAAAAAAAAGUUAGGUAUUAUAAAACUCUACUCCCCAUGCAUAAUUUCCUCUUUCAAGCUGCGAGAAAAACAGAAAAAAAGGCAGAAAACAUAAUUGGGAAGAAACAAAGUCCUAGAUAUUAUGAAUACAACAAUGUCCACCAUCCAAGAAGAACUGCCACACCAGGUAGCGUUGAUGGACUGUAAACUGAAACAAGAGAAAAACAGAAUCGAACAGGUUGAUUAUCCAGUGAAAUGUACUCUGAAUAAACAUGUAGGUACCCAAUGUAGCAAACCGAAAUUCACUUAAUAUGAAGAUAUCCCAACCCUGCUUAUAAAAAACAGAAAUAAGAACAGGUGACAGGUAGCAGAGACAACAAUCAGAGUUGCAUACGUACCUGGUUAAUCCAAACUGUUAAAAUUAAACAAGGGAGGGAUAAGAAUGGGUGGGAAAUACUCACCUCCUGUCAUUAAUAAAAUUAAGAUUAUAGGUACACUAAAGCUAGCAUAAUCUACAAUUUUAUAACAUGACAGGAGGCUUCAUAUUUGCUGUUUUAACGCUCAGUCAACAAAUCCAACGCUGUUUGUUUCACUGGUACCUAUUCCAGGAGAUAUCAGAGCAAUCCUAAAUGGACUUUCCAACUGCGAGAAUUGCCAGUAGACGGGUCGAUGAGGAUGCCAGCUGACGAAGCAUCCCAAAUACGUAAAAACACUAUCCGCUGAUAGCUCCAAUGUACGUGGGGGUGCGACCUGUUUCCUAGCAGCUGGUCCAUGAGUUGCCAAGCUGACCUAUUAGCCAUUUCCCUGUAGUUGUAAAAUGUCGAAGGUCAUUUGCGAACUAAGGGCCGCAAGAAGAAACUGCCACCAUGUCUCAACUCUUAAUGUGGAAGGUGGCUCCUACGAUCGUGCCAGAGUCCACCACCAAUUCCGUAAUAGAACCGAGUAGGACCUUUCGUUCUCUCAUGACUUACCCAGUGAGAUGUCUCAUCCGAGAAUACAUUUAUUAUGCAGGCAAGAGUGUGGUCGAACUAGCUGUAUCCUAAGUGAAUCCAAUAUUCCAAAUGGACUGUGCAAUCCGCAGCUGCGGUAGAGAAAGGACUCCUAAAGGACGUCCAAUCAAGGUCCCAAACUGAACUUGUGUGGUGGAACGGUGACGACUAUUUGGGGGAUUGUGAAUCCCGGAAAUAUUCAAAAGGAUGGGAACGUAAACCGGAGUUGAGAUUUCCAUCUAGAUAUGUCAUCGUCUAAGAGUGAUAAGAUGUCCGAAUCCAAUGGUGAUUGAGACCUGUAUAACAAGGAAGAGUCCUCAUGUGCUGUAUUGAGAGAGUGAAAUAACCUGAUUGCCCACUGUACGAUCCUGUUCCAUGCCCGACUUGCCAAAGUUCGUGUAGGGGUUCCUGGUCUACACUCCACCGACAAGAUAAGAUCUAAUAUAGUGGGACCCCUAGGUCCCUGUAGCCCUGACUGUCUGGGCACGUAUCUUCCAGGGUAGGCCCUAAGUCAAAGAACCCAGUAAUGUGAAUGCGAGAACCGAAGUCCCGGCCUCCCUAUAGAGGGAUACUUCCCUUCCUAGCUUGGAGUCCCGAGAACACACAGCGUUCUCUAAUAUUCAGGCAAGGCAUAAAGUCCCUUCACUCACGACAGGUGGCUCCAGAGAGCAGAUAUAACAAAAAAACAAGGCUCUAGUUUCCACCGUCCGGAGCAAGUGUUGUCCUGUUUGAGAAUGUCGGUGAGUCACAUCCUGAGCAGUACUCCAGCGGUAGGUUACAUCCCGACUUUGACGUCCAUGUAGGAGUCGGGAGCACACCGGGUUCCUUCAUAGAGUCCACCGUAGGUCUCCUUGAUGGUAGUUGAAAAAGUGGGUUAUCGAUAACCCAAACCAAGACUGUUCCUGUGAGGGAUAUAGAGUAUAGACGGAGGGGCCUCCAUCUCCGAACCAUGUUCUCCAAAUAUGUGCUCAGAGGAGUAGGGGCAGUCCUGCCCUUUUAUCCAAAGAUUGUAAUGACCAGGAAACUUCUGUCAACUGGGGUUCCGGUCUAUCCAUGCGUACGGUGUACCUGCAGACCGGGUAGUGGCCUUCCCUAGCCUUGUUACCCGAGCACGCAGUGCCCAUUUGCUCCAUGAAGGCCUCAGGAUCUCAUGUCACCUUGACAUGGGGAAAACUGCCUGCGCAGUUUGCUCGCAAUGGUCCGGAUUCCAUUAAAUCACGAUAUAUUGAGAGAUUUAAUUUAUUUAUUUUUAACUGCGAAACUGGUUAUGCAUAUGAACAUGCGGACCUGUUUGAUAUUCUUCAUCAACAUCAGCAUCCUCAGCAUACCACCUGAAGGGUAUUGUGCCCAUUGUAUAUUACAGUAGUAGGGUAAACAAUUGCCAACUCGAUACACCCCCUUAUUGGGCUUGAAAGGGACUUCCAACUCCCUUAGUCACAGAAACCUGAUAAAAUUUAAUUAAUGUCAGCAGAGACUGGUCUCCCAUACCAGUUUGAGACAUAGCCAGGUUUUGCUUAGCUUAUUAAAUUUGCCAAUGACAGUGAAUAUCUGUAGAAUAUUGCAUAUUCUAUGUUUCUAUUGAUUAUAUAUAUGGAUGUGUGGAUUGACAUAAGUAACAGAUGGUAUCAAUAAGUCACAAGGCUUUCUUUGUCCGAGAGCUCUGGAAUGUGGAUGUGGGGGUUUUGUCCUUAUAUGGCUAGAGUUAUAUGCUGACGUUAGUAUUAUCACAUCUUUAUAGUAACAGAGGGACACAAGGUCGCUCUCAGUCUUGGCUUGGCUCUCGGCUCUGUACAACGAUGUAACUCUCCCAUCAGAAGUCCAGCAAUUACCAUCUGCUGUUGAAUGUCCACUAUCCUGUAACAUUCUUUAUUAUGUUUUAUUAUGUAUCCGUAACAAAGAAUAAACCUGAAGAAACCGUAAGUCAGAUUGCGUAUUACUAAUUUUCAGUAAUAUAGACAUAUAUUAUUGUGGCGAGCAUUUAGCCCAAGAAUAUAUAUACAAAAGAAGUAUAUAUAUAUCAAUCAACUGAAGACAAGAAGAAAUUAAGAAGAUUCAACAUUAACAUCGUCCUAAGCUAUAUUUUGCAUUGGCUAACCUGCCAGUCUUCUAUUCAAGUUUUGUUCCCACUUCAAGGGGGGAGAGAGAAGAAUCGAGUUACAAAGCUAUUUUGGAACUGGGAAAACAAACUUGAAGAGAAAAAAAAGAAUCUAGACUGACUAUCAUAGAAGAACUGUGGAUUCUAAGAAAAAGAAAGUUUUCAAAUCAUAAAGACUGUACAAGACUAUUUUCUACAACUGAGACAAAAAGCACAAGAUACAACAUGAAUUCUAGAAGCAAGCACGUGGCAGACAUUGGCAAGCGUCCAGAACUGCGCAGCUGUGUGGAUGAAGCAACGAAAUAAACAGAAAUAACUGAUCUGGUAAAGCGUGACAGAUCCUUGUGGCAAUAAAUCAGGAAAGCAUUCAACUGGACAUCGACUGUUGGAAAGAGACUUUUCAUCUGAUCUGCAAACUGUGAUGGAAGAUUCUACAGAGUUCAUUCGAUACAGAAGAUUAACAGACUUACAAAGAAAUAAAAGAUUGGCACUAACAUACAUAUCAAUUCCUAAAUAUUAAUGAAGAAGAAAACAGACAAUGAAAAGUUAUUUAACAGUUAUGAGUAUUAAUACCAAAAGAGAGUACUUAUAAAUGUGUAACACAUGGAGUAAAAUUAUGAAAGGAUAGUAUUAUGAAGAUAACUAUUACAUUAUUACCUAUACAUAGGAUGAGAAGUAUCAGAGGUAGAUAAAAUAUGAAGUUGAUACAAUAAGGAUCAUGGCUACUUAAUACCACAAAGAUUGAGUUCAAUAGUAUUUCAUAGAUUAACUAUAAUGAAUAAUUUGUUUAUAAUCGAGGUGAAGUAAAACAAACAAUGGUAACAUAAGGAAGAAAACUAAGGAAGGAUAAUUUAUAUUGAUUAAUAUUAAGUAAUGGUAUACAUUAAGAAUGCCUUGGAUAUAAGAGUUCAGAGAUCCAAGAGGAAUUGAAUGGAAAGAGUAUAGUACACAAUUAUAUUUGACCUUAAUCUAUAAAGGUAUGGACUAGAGAGAAUAGGUUUCUGGAUAUGGUGAUAUCCAAUGAAUAAGUUGUUUUAAGAUUUCCCUGAGUUUGUUAGACACAGACUAGGAAUAAGAGUUUCUGGGCAAUAUGACCCCAAGUUUUGUUUAUUUUAUUUUAGUCAGUUGAAGUGUACUAAGAAAUACGGAUUGGUCAGAAUAAAUGUUAGGGUAACAUUAGGACAAUCCUACUUUUAUUUUAAGAUGUAUUACAUUAAUAAGUCAUCACACUGCUAAUGAAGAGAGUGAUGCUAAUAAAUUUAAAUUAUUCUUUCCAAGUUUUUUUAAAGUAAACCAUGUUUCUGUUGAAUGAAAAAUUUGUUACUACAAGGUGGAAUUUUAGUGAAAAUUAUAAUUAUGUAAACAAAAACAAAUCUAUGAUAGAAAGAUUUCUGGGUGGAGAAUUUCUAGGACAAUAAGUAUUGUCAACACCAUGAACAUUAUUUCAAGAAUUAUUAUAGAACUUCAUGGUUGAUAACACAUCCUUUGAAUGAGACUUAUAAGUAGUGUUGAUAUAUUUCAGGUAUUGAGAAUGAAAAUACUAUACUAUAUAGGUAUCUGUAGGAAUAUGAUAGUGAAGCACAGUUAUUAUUAUCUAGAAAGUUACGAUCUUAAUUUUGUUGUCUACAAAGACAUGACUGUACCUGAGCAGGUAGAUAUUUUUGAUUGCUUUAUUGUUUAUUGGAUCAACAUUUGUAAAUAUUUUAUUUUAUUCAUUUAUUAUUGUUAUAUAUAUGUAUAUAUUAUGUUCAAGUAGUUAUUAUGUAACAUGGAUAUCAAUACAUAGCUGAAACAGAGGGAGUUUGAAGUAAAGUAAGCAGUAUGAGGGAUAGAAACUCGACCUUCUAAGAACUCUCAUAUAAUAGAAAGUUGUGACUACAUCUUGUUCUAUGCUCAAUGAAUGUGAUACAAGUGAUGUAUGAAUGGACAGGUUAGUGACAUUGUGUUAUGGUUUUAAAACAAACCAUAAACAGAGGGAAUGUAGAAUAUUUCAUAUUCUAUGUUUCUAUUGAUUAUAUAUAUGGAUGUGUGGAUUGACAUAAGUAACAGAUGGUAUCAAUAAGUCACAAGGCUUUCUUUGUCCGAGAGCUCUGGAAUGUGGAUGUGGGGGUUUUGUCCUUAUAUGGCUAGAAUUAUAUGCUGACGUUAGUAUUAGCACAUCUUUAUAGUAACAGAGGGACACGAGGUCGCUCUCGGCUCUGUACAACGAUGUAACUCUCCCAUCAGAAGUCCAGCAAUUACCAUCUGCUGUUGAAUGUCCACUAUCCUGUAACAUCCUUUAUUAUGUUUUAUUAUGUAUCCGUAACAAAGAAUAAACCUGAAGAAACCGUAAGUCAGAUUGCGUAUUACUAAUUUUCAAUAAUAUAGACAUAUAUUAUUGUGGCGAGCAUUUGGCCCAAGAAUAGAUAUACAAAAGAAGUAUAUAUAUCAAUCGAAGACAAGAAGAAAUUAAGAAGAUUCAACAUUAACACCGUUCCAAACUACAUUUUACAAUAUCAUAGUUGAAUAGUCUCAUCUCUGCUACAGAAAUGAACCAGGACAUAUAUGCUGAAACCCAGGGAUUGGGACAUAAAAAACCCCUGAUUAAGUGUGCAACCUUAAAUAAAACUUUCACACAUCCUAUGUUUAAGUCUAUCCAACUGGUAUAAGAAGUACACAAAGUGUGCCUUAAUAGAACAUAUAGAACAUUUUUCCCACUUGGAUAUAGUCAUGGUGGAUCUAUUAACCUAAAUAUGAAACCAAUUGUGAUAGACCUGGCAAACUGGCUCAGCAUGAGCCGUGCACAGCCAAGAUCCCCGCGGGAGAAAAACCCGCGAGCCCGCGAGCAGGUGCACCCUCUAGCGGGUCGGAUCCAUGUGGCUCUGAGGGAGCCGGCCGCGAGGUGGCCACGUGCGUGAGCGGGUCCGGCCGCCGGGAAACUCGUGUACGGCCGCAAGAGACCGCGGGCGCCGGUAUGCUCACACUGGAGCUCGGGGAGUCAGAGGAGGCAGCCAAGCGGUUGGUCUCCUGACACACCGAGCGGAGCGCCUGUAACCCGGCUAAUAGAAUGGCGCUAGGGAGUUGAGUGGGGGGGAGGCAGGGAGAAACAAACUGACAGGAAACCCCAGGAACCCCCUAAAACCGCCACAUGAAAGAAAAAACAUCCCCAAGAACAGGGAAGCAGGAGUAAAAAAUGGGUAGUAAUCCCGAAAUAAAUAUAAAACAAAAUACAAUAUAUAACUAACAAAUAAAUAAUAUGAAGUAAACUAUAAUGGAUAACUAAAUACCAUAAACAUAAAAUAUAUGAGAAAUAUAAAAAUGAUAUCAAAUAAUAUAAAUAUAACUAAAUACAACAUAUAUAUAAUAUAAGUAAUAGAUAAAUAAUCGGAAGCAAACUACAAAACAUAGAACUAAAUACCAGAAACAAAAAACACAUAUAAUAAAUAUAAUAUAUAAAUAAUAAAUCCUAAAUAAGUCAUACUAAAUCCCAAAGCCACCCACUAAUAGCAGGAGGCAGUGGUACUCUGACCUGUACUGACUGCGGAGCAGCAAAGAAAGAGGAAAUGAUGCAUGGGGAGGGGAGUUUUAUAGUACCUAACUUUUUUCUGAUUGGUUGUUUUUCUGUGCUGCUGUGGAGUUCUGGUAAAGAGAGACUUAAGCAAAUAUGAAGCCUCCUGUCAUGUUACAAAAUUCACUGCCAAACACAAUGUAUAUGUAAAGCACAGAGCAGACUGUGUGCCUUGUGUUGGGAGUUUAUUAAGAUGUUGAUUUGGUGUACUGGAUUCUACAAAAACACUGCUUUAACAAUAUAUUUUUUUUUAUUUUAAUAAUUUGCAAAUUUAUACAGAUAGUGUGCAAAUGUUGUAGCUAACAUUUAAUCUGAAAUUUUCCUUUACUAGGUCUAUCUUGCAGAUUACUAUUUUGCCUUCCGCUACUGCCCUGCCGGAAAACAUGUUAAAUACCAAGAUGGCAGCAAAACACCCCAUGCGGGUUCUACUGAAUUUAUUAGCAUGGAUGUCCAUAAAGGAGCUGGUAUGGAAUGCUGAACUACAUUACUUUUUAUUAAUGUACAACCUUUGUUAGAAAAUCAUGUUAUAGUGCAGUAUAUGACUAUAUAAAAGUGUACCUUAUGUCAAGAGAACGCAUUAUGUGCCAGUAUACUGUUGACCCUUUGCAGUACCACAAAUAUAUUGAAGGAACUGUUACAAUAUCUCAUUAGUUGUGUACAACAGUGGAGUUGGUCAGAACACAAUAUAAAAUUAGGACUUCUAAAACAAAACUUGUCACAAGGCAAUAAAAAGAAAAGUGAACAACAAAACUGGGGAGCAGGCGUUUGGUUCAAUUCCAGAGAAGGGAAAGUGUUAAACCAGGGGCACCAGGAGAAAGCUGCUAAUGGCGGCUGUGGAGGUUAACUCCCGAAAAGGGUCACCGACCUGGACCAUAGACCAAAACAACUUAAUUUAAAUGUACCUUUCUGAAGCCAGUUUAGUAAAUGUCGAGUCACUGUUUGUCUGAGAUCAUCAGCUGACCAUCUUAGCCAAUCAACGGUGUCCCUACCCUGGGGCACUCCGUGCACUGAAGCCGGAUGCCACCUGGGGGUAGUGGAUAUCGCCAACGGAGGCAACUUAGGGGAUAAACCAUUUGAGAACGGCUUACACCCUGAGGUAAGAGUGCCUCCGGGGGCCACCUGGCACAAUAACAACUUCAACAGACAAGGUGAGCUUUUACCAAAAUCUGUGGGGGCAUAUCCAGCAACUUCAGGUGAGGGCAGGGAGAUAUUGGGAUGCCCACCUUUUUCUUUUUUUUUCUUUUCUUUUUUUUUUAAUUAAUAGCCUCUUUCUGCAUUAUUUUACGGGGCAUGGGGAUUCUCUAAUGACUGGGCAACAGUGGCCGCCCAGUCACUGUUUUUGUUUUUUUAUUUAUAGUGAGCAGACACUGUUAAUAUGUCCCUACCCAUGACAUGGCAGGUGGGGGGGAAUAAGGGACGUUUAUAAUCUCCCUUAUAGUAAUAUGGUGGUUAUAUUGACCCUCAUGGGCCUAUUUAUUUAUUUUUCUUUACUUUAAUGUGGCCACAUGAUAAACCUUCGCAGUGCCAAGAGGAUUUUUAACUAUUAGUGUAAUUCUGAAUGGAGCCCUGGUUCCCAGGCUAUUAUACAUGGAUUGGGUGCUGAGCGUCUCCCUUGAGCAGCCUGCUGCCCACAGAAAUCAUGACAGAGGGCAGUCACUCAGCUGCGAUUUUAGCAAGUUAUUUCAACGGCUCUGCAUAGAGCUCAACGUUCUCUCUGGUGCCACUAAAAACCACCAGAGCUGACUAACAGGAGUUCAUUCAGAUCUUGGGUUAGUGGUGGAAACAGGGUUUCCCUUGCUCACACUGCGCUCUUUUAAAAUACAUUUAAGUGCUUAUUUAAAGAGCUGUUUGCAGCGCUGAAUUCCAGCACUACAAGCAGCUGAUGUAAAAGACGGAGUCCACAAAAAAGGGCCCCGGCAGACAGAAGGUAGCCCCAUUGACCUCUUGGGCUCCCUGGAGUGAGAAGGGAUUUAACUCUGCACACACCAAAUAUGCAGGACGUGUCAUUACUCCCUAAAGGCAAUAAGGGGUUAAUGAAGUGAUUUUGGUAAUAGAUGCUAAACCAUGCAAACUUGCAAAUAAAAAGUACGGUUUUCUGAAAAACAACACUGUUUACAUAUUCCAAUUUCAUCAUUCAGGCAGAUACUGGGAAUCUCCAAUAUAAAUAGGUUCAUUUUUGAAUCUAUUUGACUUCUAGCAUCAGCAUGUAAAGUACACUGAUGCUAGUUGUGCCAUGCAUCCAAUCUUAAUAUUGGAUUGGCGGAUCCAAUCCAGCAUGUAAAGUACACUGAUGCUAAUUGUGCCAUGCAUACAAUUUUAAUAUUGGAUUGGCGGAUCGUGACUAUGGAUGUGCAUGUGGAAUGUGUCUUUAAUAUCUGAGAUUGAUGGGAUUUAGCUGAAAGUCAUCAGCAUUGAUGAGUCUGUCUCUCUGAAAUGAAAAACAUUUAUAGCAAUUUUCAUCAAUUUUAGGGGCCUUAAACAGGUUAAGAAGCACAACUAAAAACAUAUUACAAGGUUAUUCACUAAACACUGGAUUUUGUACAAAAAUGACAGAUUUUAUACCACAUUUGUUAUUUUCAGAUUUAUUAAAGCCAAGUGUGGUCGCAGAUCAUCAGUCACUUUCAAAAAUAAGUUUGAAAUAUAAAAAUAAUAACUUUGCCCGCUGCCGCUGCUGCCAUCCGCAUAUAGUUUGGUUGAAAUCUAAACAAAAUUCAGGUCUGUUAGGGACCUGCUUUACAAAAUCCAGACUGAUAAAUUCCAUCAACAAUAUAGAGAUUUUGUAGUCCAAAUGACCCCAUAUGCAUCCAGAUGGUUCAUUAAGACUUUAGUGAAUAACCCUGUUAGUGUUCCUGUAAUAUUUUUAAAUUUACACAAGGCAUGUGAAAUUUGUAUUCAUUCAUGUGGAUCACUUGUUAUUGAUUGGUGUUAAAUAUCGUCUAGCAUUUCCCUUAUAAUAUUAGCACUCUUUAAGGGAUUAGAAAUUAAAAAUGGGAUACCUUAUGUUAUUUGGUGUCAUCUUGAACAUUUAAAAAGUUGCCUUUCUUCAAGAAUUUACAUUUUGCUAACAUAUAGAAGGAAAAGGUGUCCUGAGCAGACAGAGAACAUUGCCUUUCAUGCAUGUUUACAGUAUAACUCUUUCAUAUGCACACAUGCACGCUGUGACUUGGCAGUGUACACACACACACACACACCAUAACAGCGUAUUUUUUCCCCAGAUGAUAUCAAAGGGAAUGUGGUGGAGUUUAGGUGCUGGAGAUUACCACAAAAUAAAUGGAUUUCAAAGGAAAGAUUGCAAGGACAGCUUCAGAGCCUUUCAUACUUCUAUAACUACUGAAAUGAGACAGUAGUGGCAAUGUGCUCAGUGCUCCUUUUAAGCAUUUCUGCGUGUAGGAAUUGGAAAUCAAUGGAAUUGCCUUGACUAACAUAUUUGUAGUUUUAAUUCAAUAAUGUAAUAUAAUAGCUUAAAACUAAAUCUAGUAAUAUUUCUAUAUCCACAAAUGUGCUAUUUGGCUACAAUAUAGAAAUACAAAUAUAUUACCUAUAGUAACACUGAUGCCAUAUUAGUAUUAUAUUCCUCUUACUUACAAUUGUCACAGCAUUUUCAGUAUUUUAUUAUCAAAUUUGAUCAAAUGCAUUUAAAAUGGUCCUGUUCAACGUUUCUAGCACCAUCCCGCCGCAGUGACAUGGAGUCACUGGGAUACUGUAUGUUAAAAUGGCUAUGUGGAUCUUUACCGUGGACUGGAAUAACUAAGGCUAGUGACAUAAUGGAAGAGAAAGACAAGUAAGUAGUCCUAAAUCACAAUGUAUCAAUAUGAUAAAAAAAAUACUACAAUUAGGUGUUUAAAUAGAAUGGAAUGGGAAAAAAAGCAUAAGUGAGCAUUUAUUUUAUUGACUUAAAGUAAUGAAGUAGAUAAGAACACUGAAGAACUCCCUCAAAGCUAACUCAGUUUUUUCCUUAAAUAAACUGUGUUCCCCUGGCUCUAUACCUUCCUCUCCAGAAUUCACCCGAAGCGCUCUUCUCGUGGCAGCCAUUCGGCAACGACCGGACGGCCCCAGCGGCACUUAUUCAUAAGUGACCUGGAACGGAAAUCGGCCACUCCACCCACACUUUUCCGUUCCUCUUUACCCCUUGUAUUUUCACCUUUCUCGACCAGCCAGGAGAGCACUAAUUGGAGGAAGAAUACCCUAGACUAGGGAUAGGCAACCUUUGGCAUUCCAGAUGUUUUGGAUUAUAUCUCCUAUAAUGCUCUUACACCCAUAAUGCUGGCAAAGCAUCAUGGGAGGUGUAGUCCAAAACAUCUGGAGUGCCGAAGGUUGCCAAUGCCUGCCCUAGAGUAGACUAUGAUGAACCAGAGCCCCCAUUUGUUUGUCCGCAGGAGCUCGCGACAGUUGACCGGCCACAAGGACAAUUUGCUUGGAAUUAUUUUGGUCUUCGCCCACUUGUGGGGUCGGUCAAAACUUUACCCUGGUGACAAUUUGACUACACUGCAUACAUCAAACUAAUUCUCUUAUGGACAACGUGGGUGCUCAGAUCAGGGCUAUCCAGGGAUAUAACAUACGUGGGAUUCCUGCCUGUUUUCGUUGUGUUUUACAUGUACCUCUUGAUUCCGGAAGAUAAGUGAGUUUGCUUUUGCUUAAAUUAAUUAUCUGCCAAACACAUAUUCCUGGGAGGGUUUUACUGUGUUAUAAAUAAUGACCAAUGCUGCAGGUUGGGAUAUAUAACCAUGCUUCUUGGCCUAGUAAAACCAGUUGUUUUGUACCCUAUAUCAAGUCUCGACUGAUGUUUGGGUAUACGGGAGAUAUAGCGCUAUAAUCACUGAAGCCAUGCGGGAAUCAGGAGAACAUCAGACGGACGGACCACUCUGGGUAUAGACAAACUGUCACAAACACAUUCACAGGACAUUUACUAAAAAAGAAAUUAAUAGAAAAAUGCAAUAAAAUUAAAUAAUAGGCUUGGAAAUAUUCUGCUACUAUUCAUUUUCCAUCUUGGCUUGUUUGGCCUAAAGCAGGCUUCCUCAAACUGCGGCCCUCCAGAUGUUGCUGAACUACAACUGCCAUGAUUUUAUGAAUGAAAUAGGCUGAGAAUCAUGGGAGUUGUAGUUUGGCAACAUCUAGAGGGCUUGAGUUUGGGGAAGCCUGACCUAAAGGAUUGUUCUGAUGUUCUAAAUGCUCCUGUUGCUUUUAUAUUCAAGCCUGCCUUGUAGAAAAUAAAACAAAGUAAAACUGACAAUUCAUCCAGCAGGGUCCCUGACUCACCUCUACUGCUUUUCUUGAUGCACUAUUACAGCCAAUCAAAUUUUUCUCUACGGAGAAGCAAUGAGUGCCCUACGGCACAUGAGUGUCAAUUGCUGCCCUACACAUAUAGGAUUAUCUUCCUAGAGAUGCAAUACAGUGCUACUCUGUGGAAAGACAUAACUGCACUCUGCAUCAUCACGAUGCCUAACUUGAUGCCACUAGAAGCACACUGGUUGACAAAUGUGAACAUUUGUGUUUCUCAGAAACUUAAAGGGACACUGUACUCAACCAGACCACAUCAGCUCAAUGAAGUGGUCUGGGUGCCAGGUCCCUCAGGUUUUAACCCUUCACGUGUAAACCUAGCAGUUUCAGAGAAACUGCUAGGUUUACAUUAGGUGUUAAGCCAACAUCUAGUGGCUGUCUUGCUGACAGCCACUAGAGGCGCAUCUGCGAUGCUGGAUGAGAAAGAACGUCCAUAGGAAAGCAUUGAGAAUUGAAUUCAAAGCAUUGAGCAUUGAGCUCCAUUUGGGGGCUGACGUCGCCGGGGGAGGAGAGAUCACCAGCGCCCAGUGAGCCCGGCACUGGAUAAAGGUAAGUGGCUGAAGGGGUUUUAACCCCUUCAGCCCAGCAGGAGGGGGACCCUUAGGGCGAUGGUCCCCCAAGGAUGACAUAGUGUCAGGAAAAAGAGUUUGUCUUCCUGACACUAUAGUGAUCUUUUAAAUUUGUCAAAGUGCAUCUAGACAGCAAGACCACUACAUUAACCUGUAGUUGUAUUGGUGCUUGGAGUGUUCUUUAUAGAAUUUAAAUACAUUGGUCAGUUCUCGGUUUAGUGAAUAACUGACAUUUACAGACAUUAUUAGCUUUGUAUCCUUGAGAUUAUUUAUCAGAUCAUGAACUCAAUCAAGUGAUCUGUGCAAACAGAAUUCAUUGAGUAUUUCUUUUUAUAUUUUAUAGGUUUAAAAAUGAUAUUCAAGUUACUCUUAAACAGUGCUUCAAAAAGAAGAGGGUUCCAGGUAUGUAAACAGCAUGGUACAAAGAAACUUUAAUUUUUUUAGGUGAAUGUUUUUGAAAAGAUAAAUGACAGAUAGCGUCAUAGGAUGGUGCCAAGGGACGCCAGAAACUCUAACCACCCCAAUAAGAUAAAACAUUUACAGUGCCUUCAGUGUCCCUUUAAGUAAAGGACACUGAAGGCACCUUACUUAAAGGGACACUGAAGGCACUGUAAAUGUUUUAUCUUAUUGGGGUUGUUAGAGUUUCUGGCAUCCCUUGGCACCAUCCUUGUAUUCAGCAUUAAACCAUUUUUAAAGUUUAUAUGCCAGUUGAGACUUCCUGGCAGCUCAUCAUAAGCCCCUCUAUGCUGCUUGGGCUAUUGAGGAAGCACUAUCAGGAGCAGCAAUGGGCUACUGUAAUAAACGGAGAGUGUCAGCUGACCCACUGCUGGUACAACAUGGUAUGGCUAGAAAGAAUUGCGCAAUCUCUGCCUUAGCCAUACUUCCAGUAGGCUGUCUGUGGGUGGCCAGAGAUCCUUAGUGUUAAACGUAUUGAAAUUGGUUUAAAACUAAUACGAGGAACAAAGACAGUGUGGUCCAUACACUACCAACAUUUCAUUGAGAUUAAAUGGUACUUAAUAUUAAUAGUACUUUGAAAAAUAAACAUCCCUGGCUUUUUGUAUUUAGUGUCAUUGCUGUGCUUGAUAGGUAUCCACUACUGCAGUCCCUGGUUCUUUGCAGAAUAAUUCAGGGCUCGCUCUAGAAUUUCUACGUUCCCCUGCCUCCAAUUCAAUAAAUAAAGAAUUUUGGACAAACACAUUUAUUUAAUUUGAGAUCAUUUUUUUUUUUUUUUAAAGAAGUAUUGAAAAUUUACCUAGACCACGUUAUGUGUCUGAAUUAUGAAGAUGCUCCUGACUAUGACAAGCUUCGUAAUACCCUAUGUGAUGCUCUGGGCAAGACAGAUCCUUACGAUGCAGUAGCUGUAUAGACCAGGUAAAGGAGAUAUGGCAGCUUCUACAUUGCAUGUGUAUGUUUGUCUCUGUAUACAGAUGUUUGCAGGUGACAUUUUUGGAUGAAGUUUUAAAGUGAUUAAAUAUCAUGAAAAAUAUUUUAAUAUUUAGUAUUUUUUUUACCUAUGUAUUCUAUUUUAAUAUUUUUUAAAACUUUAUCCAAAAAUAUUAACUUAUUUGAAAAGCUUACUCAACAAGAUUAAAUCAAGGCCAUAUUUACAGUCUGAAACUCCUCUAUAGAAGGAUUUGGACAAAUGUGGCACUGUGUGCAAGACAGGCUACUAAGAUCCAGUACACAAAUGUAAAUGUACACACUUUAGGAAGAAAAAUAAACUUGUAAGUUAAAGCAGAACUGUCGCUUACAGAAACUGACAGUUUCUUGUUCUGUCACCCCAGAAACACUAUUUCUGGGAUUACUGGGGUAAAUAAUGCAGUAGAGGGAAGAAAGAAAAAAAAGCAUUUGUAGUACUUCCAUGCUGCAGCAAUUCACUGUACCACAAUGCCUUGAAACCUGUGUCCUUGGGCAUCUAAUGUACGUGCAUGCUUAGAAUCUUCUCCAGUAUUGCUACACAUAUGCAUGUGCUAUAUGUACAUCACAGCAAAAGUUAAAGGAGCACUAUAAUGUCAGAAAUACCAACAUGUAUUCCUGACACUAUAGUCCUGAAGUUGCUCUUUAGGUGAUUGGCCCUGCUCGAAUCACAAUGAAAAGGUGAUUUUACUCAACUUUUCUUCCAUGCGCCGCUGGUCUCGCCACAGAUGGCCCUACCUCCAUGGCUGAGAUCAGCCAAUCCAAUUAUUUCCCAUAGGAAUGCAUGUGUGGCAAAAUGCUGUACUACACCAAAUCAGCAUCUCCUUAUAGAGAUGCAUUGAAGACACUGAAUGUAGGUGCUACACACUGUGCAGGACGGGAUUAAGAAGAACCUCUAGUAGUAUGCACCAAUAUAAACACUGCCUUUUCUGUGAAAAGGCAGCAUUUACAUUCAAAAGCCUGCAGGGGCAGGCUAUAGACACCAGAACAACUACCGUAAGCUGUAGUGGUUCUGGUGACUAUAGUGUCCCCUUGAUUUAGUUUACAUACUUUCCAGUGCAAAGCCUCCUUAAAUACAGCAUGACAUUGUCAAACAGAACCAAUGUUUCUCAUAGAAAAGAAGCAUUGAAUUCAGUUUUGAUCCAAUAAUGAAGCUAAGGUAAUUUUUAAGAAACCUGUUCAAGAGUACUGAGUUUCUCAUAGAUCCCUGCUCACAAAAAAAUCCUGCUUUAUGGGAUAUGUAGUUCAGCACUCCGCAGCAGAAAACUGGGAAGGAGCUUCUCAAAGUGGGCCUUGUUUGGAAUGCACAUGCUAUACAAGUACAUACAUAGCUAAGGGGAUGCACGUGCCUGCACCUGCAAAUCUCUUGAAUUAUAAAUCUGAAAAAGGGCACACAGGGGCAGGGGAUCUUCUUGCACCAUGACAUAUGCUAGGAGUAUGCAAUAAUAUAAUGCCUUGCAUGUAUAAAUAAAUAUAGGACCAAUGUACUUUUUUGAUUAACAAAAUCUGUUAAAUUAAAAUUAUGUAUACACAAUAGUUUAACGUGCUGUUUUUUGUUUUUUUUUCUGCAGAUCUCAUCAACAUUUGACUCAAAUUCAAUCUUUUUUUGUCUGAAGAUGAUUUAAUGGAUGACAUAAAUCAUACUGUGAACUGAUGUCACUACUGCAGUUUUUACUGAAUAUGUAAUGUUUUUACUGGUUUUUAAUCUGUUGUAUUUGUUUUAAUUUCAUUUAAUUAUAGCACUGGAGUUUUGAGCAGUCUCCUCGGCUGCCUAACAUCUUAAACCUAAAUUGCAGUAUCACAUCAGUGUCUGAUACUGCAAAAUAAUCCCCAUGUAAUUAUUGAAAGCUGUUUGUUUGUUUUUUUUCUGCAGAUCUCAUCAACAUUUGACUCAAAUUUGAAUCUUUUUUUGUCUGAAGAUGAUUUAAUGGAUGACAUAAAUCAUACUGUGAACUGAUGUCACUACUGCAGUUUUUUUACUGAAUAUGCAAUGUUUUUACUGGUUUUUAAUGUGCUGUAUUUGUUUUAAUUUCAUUUAAUUAUAGCACUGGAGUUUUGAGCAGUCUCCUCGGCCGCCUAACAUCUUAAACCUAAAUUGCAGUAUCACAUCAGUGUCUGAUACUGCAAAAUAAUCCCCAUGUAAUUAUUGAAAGGUUCAGUUCAAAUCACAAUAUUAUAAUUACCUUUAUGUCUGUAUACAUAAAGCUUGAAGAUUAUUUGUCCUGAGUGACUUAUACCCACUAGCUUUCUACUUGCUGUGAUAAUAUGAAACAUUACUGACUACUGAAAGCAGCUGCAGUGUAAUGAAAGCGUUGUAAUAGAGUUAGAGUAUAAAAUAGUCCAAUUCAAAUGCCUUUUAAUCUUUAUUUGGACACAUCAAUUCAUCUGGGAUGAACCUGUGGAGUCUCAUUCAUAGAAUAAGACUCCACAGGUAAAUCCUGGACUGAUCGACUUGUCCGGAUAUGAAUUAAUUAGAAGAAUAGUAAAAAAUGUUUGGGUUCAUACUUAUGCAAUUAAAAUAUAUUAUAAUAUUAUAUAAUAAAAUAUUAUAUUAACAGUAAAAUGGAUCAUAUUCCAAUGAGUCCCACCUUGCUGCACAACAAUUUGCAGUCAAAUAGUGAACAAUUACAUUUUGUGAAGUGUAUAUAUAGAGAGCUAUUUUUUUAAAAGACUAUUAAACUGAUUGAUAGGAAAGUUUUUAGGUUUGUGUGUGUAAAUCAAGCUUUAUUUUUAGUCUGCCAUCCUUAAAGGACCAUUAUAGUGCCCCCACCCUCAGGGUCCCCCUCCCGCCGGGUUCUAGGGUAGUAGAAGGGGUUACACUUACCUCUUUCUCCAGCGCCGGGCGGGGAGCUCUCCUCUCCGCCUCCUCUCCUGCUGAAUGCACAUGCGCGGCAGGAGCCGCGCGCGCAUUCAGCCAGUCUAUAGGAAAGCAUUGCCGCGCAUCACAAUGCUUUCCUAUGGAUGCUGGCGUCUUCUCACUGUGAAAAUCACCGUGAGAAACACGGAAGCGCCUCUAGCGGCUGUCAAUGAGACAGCCACUAGAGGCUGGAUUAACCCAUUUAUAAACAUAGCAGUUUCUCUGAAACUGCUAUGUUUAUAGAAAAAAGGGUUAAACCUAGCUGGACCAGGCACCCAGACCACUUCAUUAAGCUGAAGUGGUCUGGGUGCCUAUAGUGGUCCUUUAAGUUUUAUGUUGCUAUCACUGAGCCUCGAGACAAAAAUAAUCCUUCUAUUAGUGGAGAUUAUUGUGUAAUUUAAAGGACGAUGCCAACCACUAUAGCACUCUAUCCCCCUGUUGUGAGUAUUCAAACCAUUUUAGAACAAUUUAACUUCUUAUCUGGGGUCCAACGGAUCCUUCUGUUCGCCUCAGCUACAUGCCAGGGAGCCAGGAGCUUCGACUGAAGAGCUUCCAUUAGCUCUUUUGAGUUAAGCCGCUGGGCUUAGCUCAGAAUGCUUAUAGCUCUCACUGAGCUAGUGGAGGCAUGAGCUCACCUUUCAAAUCUCAAGUAAGACAUCAAACUGUUCUAAAGGGAACUGUAGUGGUUAUGCUGCAUGGAAUGUUUCUUUUAACCACAUAGUAAUUUGCGUUUACUCAGUUUAAAUGUGAUUUUAUUUGUUUACAUUACCCUUUACAUUAAUAAAAAGGUGAUCUAACCAA